UUGCUCCUGGAUAGCCGAGCCAGUGUGGAGGGGGCCCUGCAGGAUGGAGAAGAUAACUACACUGAGACCCCGCUGCAGCUGGCCUCUGCUGCAGGUACUUGUUGUGUAUAAUAGGAAUACUCCAUUGAUAGUGUGUGGAGAUUUAUUUUUAUUUAACCUCUAUUUUGACAGGGAAGUUAUACUCUAAAAACCUGUUUUUGCUAUGUCAUUAUGGGGAAUUGUGUGUAGAUUGAGGGAAAAAAACGAUUUAAUACAUUUUACUGUAGCUUCUGAACCUGAGCCUUUGGCUCUACCUGACCCUUGAGAAAACAACCCAUGCCAUAUGUUGCCAUGGUAACUGUUGGACAACGCGGUCAUCGAGCACAAAUCCAUAGAAAUAGUAAUGAUUGCCUAAUGAAACAACGUCAACGUGAUACUGCCCAGAAAAGCAUAAUGAAGACUAAUCAGAUGCAUUUUAAAAUUUUUGUUGAUGUGUAUUCUAGACAAUACAUCAGGGGUUCAUAAUAACUCAUUCCAUUCUGCAUUCAAUUUUUACUCAUUCUCUUUUAGCCAUUUGGGCCUAUUAACCCUUGAAAUCAGCAUACACAGAAAUGUCAGUGAAUAUGGAAAAUAAUUGUAAAUGAUUCAUGCAUCACUCCUGCCAUUGUGUGAAUAGAAUAUUUGGGUAAAGAUGGAGCCCAUAGACAUGGGCGCCUGGUUCCUGGCUCCUAAGCAACUUUGCAAUAUUAUUAUUAUUAUUAUUAUUAUUAUUAUUAUUAUUGAAUUAUUACAUACAGUCGGAAAUAACUUUUGGAUAUUAGAGCGACGCUAAAUCACCAGCAUUUCGAACAGAAAUACGACUUUCCUGAAUUGGAUCUUUUGUUCGUACCCCCCAAGGUGAUUCCACUUAUCCCCGAGGCUGCUCCAAGACGUCGCCGGCAGAGGUAUUCAGAGUGGACUUUUAGUCCAACUCAGGAGGCAUGCAUCCACAGCUUCUGAGUAUAUUACUCGCUGAUGUUCAGUCCCUGGACAAUAAAGUAGACGAGAUUAGGGCCAGGAUCUCCUUCCAGAGAGACAUCAGGGACUGUAACAUACUCUGUUUCACGGAAUCAUGGCUCUCUCCGGAUAUACUGUCCCCAUCCAUACAGCCAGCUGGGUUCUCAGUACAUCACGCAGCUAGGAAUAAAGAACUCUCCGGGAAAAAGAAAGGCUGAUGUGUACGUUUCUUGAUUAAUUACUCAUGUUGUGAUUGUGGUAACGUACAGGAACUCAAGUCCUUUUGUUCACCCGACCUAGAAUACCUCAUCAUCAAAUGCAGACCGCAUUACCAUCCGAGAGAAUUCUCUUCGGUCAUCGUCACAGCCGUGUAAAGUCCCCCUCAAGCCGAUACCACGAUGGCUCUCAAGGAAGUAGACUGGAUUUUGUGCAAACUGGAAACCACAUAUCCUGAGGCCGCAUUUAUUGUAGCUGGGUACUUUAAUAAAGUAAGUUUGAGGAAAAUGCUACCGAAGUUUGACCAACAUUGCCUGUGCUACUCACGCAUCAAAAACUGUUCACCAUUGUUUCCGGGACGGCUACAAGGACCUAAGUCACCCUCCCUUCUGCAAAUCAGAUCACGCCUCCAUUCUGCUCCUCCCUUCCUAAAGGCAGAAACUCAAACAUGAAGUACGCAUGGUAAGGACUGUUCGAAGCUGGUCUGACAAAUCGGAAUCCAUGAUUCAAGAUUGUUUUGAUCACACAGACUGGUAUAUGUUCUGGUUGCCUCUGAGAAUAACAUAUACGUAAACGUAUACAUUGACACGGUGACCGAGUUCAUUAGUAGGUGUAUAGGGGAUGUUGCUCCCACCGUGACGAUUGAAAUCGAUCUAAUCCAAAAACCGUGGAUAGGUGGCAGCAUUAGCACAAAACUGAAAGCGCAAACCACCACAUUUAACCACAGCAUUUAACCACGGCAAGGUGACUGGGAAUAUGGUUGACUAAAAACAGUCCAGUUAUGCCCUCCGUAAGGCAAUCAACAGGCAAAACAUCAGCACAGAGACAAUGUGGAGUCACAAUUCAACGGCUCAGACACGAGACAUCUGUGGCAGGGACUCCAGUCAAUCACGGAUUAUAAAGGGAAAAUGAGCCUUGUUGCGGACACUGACGUCUUGCUCCCAGACAAGCUAAACACCUUCUUUGACCGCUUCAAGGAAAACACAGCGCCGUGUUAACCCUCGCAAGGCUACCGGCCCAGAUGGCAUCCCUAGCCCCGUCCUCAGAGCAUGCGCAGACCAGCUGGCUGGAGUGUUUACGGACAUGUUCAAUCUCUCCCUAUCCCAGUCUGCUGUCCACACUUGCAUCAAGGUGUCCACCAUUGUUCCUGUACCCAAGAAAGCGAAGGUAACUGAACUAAAUGACUAUCGCCCCGUAGCACUCACUUCUGUCAUCAUGAAGUGCUUUGAGAGGCUGGUUAAGGAUCAUAUCACCUUCUGACACCCUAGACCCACUGCAAUUUGUAUACCCCCCCCAAUAGAUCCAUGGAAGUCGCAAUUGCCAUUGCACUGCACAUUGUCCUAUUCCAUCUGGAAAAGAGGAAUACCUAUGUAAGAAUGCUGUUCAUUGACUACAGCUCAGCCUUCAACACCAUAUUACUGUCCAAGCUCAUCAUUAAGCUCGGUGUCAGGGGUGCUGAAGGUGGGUGUGGUGCAGGAAUCAAGCGCAGGACGCAGAAGCUAAGUCCAAAAGACUUUAGUGAAUUAUUCACGUAGUAAGUGAGCACAAUAAGCCCGGAGGCGAAAUAAAGGCGCACACAGGCGUCAAACAAAAGGAGCACUAACAUGUGCGAAAACCUCUCCAAACAACGGAGGGAAGUACGUAGCUCAGAACACCAAAACAGAAGAGCAAUCACACACAACACCAUACACACACAACGAGAACUAAAUAGGACACUAAUGAGGACUAACUAGACACAGGUGUACAACAUCAAGACAAAAACAAACGAACAGGAAACAUAGAUCGGUGGCAGCUAGUACUCCGGGGACGACGACCGCCGAAACCUGCCCGAACAAGGAGGAGGAGCAGCCUCGGCCGAAACCGUGACAGUACCCCCCCCCUGCGCGCCGACCCCGGCCUCGGGGACGACCAGGAGGGCGCGGAGCAGGGCGCGCGGGAUGGUCCCGGUGGAACUCCGACAGGAGAGAUGGGUCUAGGAUGUCCCUCCGCGGCACCCAGCACCGCUCCUCCGGGCCGUACCCCUCCCACUCCACUAGAUAUUGGAGACCCCCCAUCCGGCGUCUUGAGUCCAAGAUGGACCGAACGGUGUACGCCGGAGCCCCCUCGAUGUCCAGUGGGGGCGGAGGAGUCUCUCCUAUCUCACCUUCCUGGAGUGGACCAGCUACCACCGGCCUGAGAAGAGACACAUGGAACGAGGGGUUAAUAUUCUUAUAUUCAACAGGCAGAUGUAACCUAUAAUACACCUCGUUCAAUCUUCUCAGGACUUUAAAGGGCCCCACAAACCGCCGACCCAGCUUCCGGCAGGGCAGGCGGAGGGGUAGGUUUCUGGUAGAGAGCCAGACUCGAUCUCCGGGUGCGUACACCGGCCCCUCACUGCGGUGGAGAUCGGCGCUCGCCUUGUGACGACGGAUGGCCCGCUGCAGGUGGACGUGUGCAGCGUUCCACGUCUCUUCCGAGCGCCUCAUCCAAUCAUCCACCACAGGGGCCUCGAUCUGGCUCUGCUGCCAAGGUGCCAGAACCGGCUGGUAACCUAACACACAUUGGAAGGGGGUUAGGUUGGUAGAGGAGUGGCGGAGAGAGUUCUGGGCCAUCUCGGCCCAGGGAAUGUACCGAGCCCACUCCUCAGUCCGGUCCUGGCAAUACGACCUCAGAAACCUACCCACAUCCUGGUUGACUCGUUCUACCUGCCCGUUACUCUCCGGGUGGUACCCUGAGGUAAGGCUCACUGAGACCCCCAAACGCUCCAUGAACGCUCUCCAUACUCGGGAGGUAAACUGGGGGCCUCGAUCAGACACUAUAUCCUCGGGUACCCCGUAAUGCCGGAAGACGUGGGUAAAUAGUGUCUCUGCGGUUUGUAGGGCAGUAGGAAGACCCGACAUAGGGAGAAGCCGACAGGCCUUAGAGAACCGGUCCACAACGACCAGGAUGGUGGUAUUCCCCUGAGAGAGGGGAAGGUCUGUCACAAAAUCCACCGAGAGGUGGGACCAUGGUCGUUGUGGAACGGGCAGGGGUUGUAACUUCCCCUGGGCAGGUGUCUGGGCGCCUUACACUGGGCGCACACCGAGCAGGAGGAGACAUAAACCCUCACAUCCCUGGCUAACGUGGGCCACCAGUAUUUAGUGCUAAGACAAUGAACUGUCCGGCCAAUACCCGGAUGUCCAGAGGAGGGUGACGUGUGAGCCCAGUAAAUGAGUCGAUCCCGAAUCUCGAGCAGAACGUACUUCCGACCCUCAGGACACUGUGGAGGGCUGGGGUCGGUACGCAACGCUCGCUCGAUUUCGGCAUCGACCUCCCACACCACCGGUGCCACAAGACAAGACUCCGGUAGUAUGGGAGUAGGCUCAACUGACCUCUCCUCCGUGUCAUACCGCCGGGACAGCGCAUCUGCCUUACCAUUCUGGGACCCAGGGAUGUACGUGAUUUUAAAUACGAACCUGGCGAGAAACAUGCUCCAUCGAGCCUGGCGAGGGUUCAGUCUCCUCGCUGCCCGGAUGUACUCCAGGUUCCGAUGGUCAGUCAAAAUGAGGAAAGGGUGUUGAGCCCCCUCAAGCCAAUGCCUCCACACCUUAAGGGCCUGAACUACAGCUAACAGCUCCCUGUCCCCGACGUCAUAAUUUCGCUCCGCCGGGCUGAGCUUUUUAGAGUAAAAAGCACAGGGGCGGAGUUUAGGUGGCGUGCCGGACCGUUGAGAGAGUACGGCCCCUAUACCGGCCUCAGACGCGUCCACCUCGACCUGAAAGGGUAAUGCGGGGUCCGGAUGCGCCAGCACCGGGGCCGACGUAAACAGGUCCUUCAGUCUCCUAAAGGCCCUGUCCGCAUCAGCUGACCACUGCAGGCACACCGGACCCCCUUUCAGAAGGGACGUGAUGGGAGCUGCCACCUGUCCAAAACCCCGGAUAAACCUCCGGUAGUAAUUCGCAAAGCCCAAGAACUGCUGCACCUCUUUGACAGUGGUUGGGGUUUGCCAAUUACGCACAGCUGACACACGAUCCACCUCCAUUCUCACCCCUGACGCGGACAACCGAUAGCCCAAAAAGGAGACCGACUCCUGGAAAAACAGACAUUUCUCUGCCUUGACAUAUAGGUCGUGCUCCAACAGCCUCUUCAAUACACGACGCACCAGGGCUAUAUGCUCGGCUCGGGUAGACGAGUACACUAGAAUGUCAUCAAUGUACACGACCACCCCUUGCCCCUGCAUAUCCCGGAAAAUGUCAUCUACGAAGGAUUGGAAGACUGAUGGAGCAUUCAUCAACCCAUAUGGCAUGACGAGAUACUCGAAAUGACCUGACGUGGUACUAAACGCUGUUUUCCAUUCGUCGCCCUCCCUAAUGCGCACCAAGUUAUACGCGCUCCUGAGAUCCAGUUUUGUGAAAAACCGCGCUCCAUGCAAUGACUCCGUCAUGGUCGCAAUCAGAGGGAGUGGAUAACUGUAUUUCACAGUAAUCUGAUUGAGACCACGGUAAUCGAUGCACGGGCGCAACCCUCCAUCUUUUUUCUUCACAAAAAAGAAGCUUGAGGAGGUGGGAGAAGUGGAGGGCCGUAUGUAUCCCUGUCUCAAAGAUUUGGCUAUGUAAGUUUCCAUAGCUUUUCUCUCCUCUUGAGACAAGGGAUACACGUGGCUCCGUGGGAGCGCUGCUCCUGCCUGGAGAUCAAUCGCACAAUCCCCCUGUCUAUGAGGAGGCAACUGCGUCGAACUAGCUUUACUAAACAGGAGAGCUAAAUCCCCAUAUUCUGGCGGAAUGUGCAGUGCGGGCACUUGGUUUGGACUUUCCACCGAAGUCGCCCCUACGGAAACACCCAGACAUCGCCCCUCACACUGGCAGACCACCCAUUGAGAGCCCUCUGUUGCCACGAAAUAGCAGGGUUAUGGGUGCUUAACCAGGGAAUUCCCAGCACCACCGGGUACGCAGGAGAGUCGAUCAGAUACAACUGUAUAGUCUCCUCAUGACCCCCCUGCGCACACAUCCUAAGUGGCGCUGUGACUUCCCUAAUCAACCCCGACCCCAACGGGCGGCUAUCUAAAGCAUGAAUGGGAAAAGGCUUGUCAACAGGUAGGAGAGGGAUCCCUAAAUCUAAACAAAACUUCCGAUCAACAAAAUUCCCAGCUGCGCCUGAAUCUACUAGCGCCUUAUGCUGGGAAUGAGGUGCAACCUGUGGGAAACAAACAAGUAUACAAAAGUGCGCAACAGAGAGCUCUGGGUAAGUGGGGCGUCUACUCACCUGGGAAGGCUCCCCAGUGCGUGGCCUGUUGUCUCCUCCCUCGGGGAACCCUCCCCAGCACCUGGCCGCAGUGUGCCCUCCACGACCGCACUUGGUGCAGGGGACAGGCCCCCUCGGGCUCCUCCUCUUCCUUUCUCUAGCGCCAGCACCCCCGAGCUCCAUAGGGCUCGGCUCGGAGGUGCCGGAGGGUGGAAUGGACGGACCCCACUCGGGACGUCCACGGGUGGCCAGCAGGGUGUCCAGACGGAUGGACAUAUCGACCAACUGGUCGAAGGUGAAAUUGGUGUCCCUGCAGGCCAACUCACGUUGAACGUCCUCCCGUAGGCUACAUCGAAAAUGGUCGAUGAGGGCCCGUUCAUUCCACCCUGCGUCUGCCGCUAGAGUCCGGAACUCCAGCGCGAACGCCUGUGCGCUCCUCCUCCCCUGUCUCAGGUGGAAUAAGACGCUCCCCCGCCGCUUUGCCCUCAGGUGGAUGGUCGAACACGGCCUUGAAGCGAUGGGAGAACUUGGCGUAGGAGAUGGUGGUUGUGUCCAUCCUCCUCCACUCGGCGUUGGCCCAUUCCAACGCCUUGCCCGUGAGACAGGAGAUGAGGGCGGAAACGCUCUCGUGUCCCGAGGGCACCGGGUGUACAGUGGCCAGGUAGAGCUCCACCUGCAGGAGGAACCCCUGACACCCGGCAGCUGUUCCGUCAUACGCCCUCGGGAGCGAGAGCCGAAUCCCACUGGGUUCCGGACCUGGGACUGGUGGACCGGCCGAUGGGGGUGGCAGGGUAGGUGGAGGUGUGGGUACCCCUCUGGACUCCCAUCGGUGCAGGGUGUUGAUGACGUCCUGUAGAGCGGUCCCCAGUUGUCGUAUCUGGUCAUCCUGGCCGCGGACAUGCUCCUCCAGCGACUCAGGCGUGACUGUUGCUCCUGCUGAAUCCAUUAUUAAAGGUGUGUGAUUCUGUCAGGGGUGCUGAAGGUGGGUGUGGUGCAGGAAUCAAGCGCAGGACGCAGAAGCUAAGUCCAAAAUACUUUAGUGAAUUAUUCACGUAGUAAGCGAGCACAAUAAGCCCGGAGGCGAAAUAAAGGCGCACACAGGCGUCAAACAAAAGGCGCACUAACAUGUGCGAAAACCUCUCCAAACAACGGAGGGAAGUACGUAGCUCAGAACACCAAAACAGAAGAGCAAUCACACACAACACCAUACACACACAACGAGAACUAAAUAGGACACUAAUUAGGACUAACUAGACACAGGUGUACAACAUCAAGACAAAACCAAACGAACAGGAAACAUAGAUCGGUGGCAGCUAGUACUCCGGGGACGACGACCGCCGAAACCUGCCCGAACAAGGAGGCGGAGCAGCCUCGGCCGAAACCGUGACACUCGGGGUCCUGGGUCUGAACCCCGCCCUGUGGAACUGAGUCCUGGACUUCCUGAUGGCCUGUCCCCAGGUGGUGAAGGUAGGCAAUAACACCUCCACUACGCUGAUCCUCAACAAAGGGGUCCCACAAUGGUGCGUGCUCAGCCUCCUCCUGUGCUCCCUGUUCACCCAUGACUGCGUGGCCACACACGUCUCCAACUCAAUCAUCAAGUUUGCAGACGACACCACAGUGGUAGGCCUGAUUACCAACAACGAUGAGACCACCUACAGGGAGGAGGUGAGGGCCCUGGUGGAGUGGUGUCAGGUAAAUAACCUCUCCCUCAACGUCAACAAAAUGAAGGAGCUGAUUGUGGACUUCAGGAGACAGCAGAGGGAGCACACCCCCAUCCACACCGACACAGCCACAGCGGAGAAGGUGAAAAGCUUCAAGUUCCUCAGCAUACACAUCACUGACAAUAUGGUGAACGAGGCACAACAGAGCCUCUUCAACCUCAGGAGGGUAAAGAAAUUCAGCUUGGCUCCUAAGACACUCACAAACUUUUACAGAUGCACCAUUGAGAGCAUCCUGUUGGGCUGGAUCACCGCCUGGUACGGCAACUGCACUCCCUCUCAACCGCAGGGCUCUCCAGAGGGUGGUGCGGUCUGCCCAACGCAACACCGGGGGCACACUGCUUGCCCUCCAGGACAUCUACAGGAAGGCCAAGAACAUCAUCAAGGACCUCAGCCACCUGAGCCACGGCCUGUUCAUCCCGCUACAAUGCAAAAGAGGAGGUCAGUACAGGUGCAUCAAAGCUGGGACCGAGAGAGUGAAAAACAGCUUCUAUCUCAAGGCCUUCAGACUGUUAAAUGGUCACCACUAGCCGGCCCCCACCCAGUACCCUGCCCUGAACUUUACUCACUGUCACUAGCCAGCUACCACCCGGUUACUCAACCCUGCACCUUAGAGGAUGCUGCCUAUGUACAUAGACAUGGAACACUGCUCACUUUAAUAGUAUUUGCAUACUGUUUUACCCACUUCAUAUGUACUAAUAUAUACAGUUGAAGAUGGAAGUUUACAUACACUUAGGUUGGAGUCAUUAAAACUUGUUUUUCAACCACUCCACAAGUGUCUUGUUAACAAACUAUAGUUUUGGCAAGUCAGUUAGGACAUCUACUUUGUGCAUGACACAAGUAAUUUUUCCAACAAUUGUUUACAGACAGAUUAUUUCACUUAUAAUUCACUGUAUCACAAUUCCAGUGGGUCAGAAGUUUACAUACACUAAGUUGACUGUGCCUUUAAACAGCUUGGAAAAAUCCAGAAAAUGAUGUCAUGGCUUUAGAAGCUUCUGAUAGGCUAGUUGACAUCAUUUGAGUCAAUUGGAGGUGUACCAGUGGAUGUAUUUCAAGGUUUACCUUCAAACUCAGUGCCUCUUUGCUUAACAUCAUGGGAAAAUGAAAAUAAAUCAGCCAAGAUCUCAGAAAAAAAUUGUAGACCUCCACAAGUCUAGUUCAUCCUUGGGAGCAAUUUCCAAACGCCUGAAAGUACCACGUUCAUCUGUACAAACAAUAGUACUCAAGUAUAAACACCAUGCAGUCGUCAACCGCUAAGGAUGGAGACGCGUUCUGUCUCCUAGAGAUGAAUGUACUUUGGUGCGAAAAGUGCAAAUCAAUCCCAGAACAACAGCGAAGGACCUUGUGAAGAUGCUGGAGGAAACAGGUACAAAAGUGUCUAUAUCCACAGUAAAACGAGUCCUAUAUCGACAUAACCUGAAAGGCCGCUCAGCAAGGAAGAAGCCACUGCACAAAAACCGCCAUAAAAAAGCCAGACUACGGUUUGCAACUGCUCAUGGGGACAAAGAUCGUACUUUUUGGAGAAAUGUCCUCUUGUCUGAUGAAACAAAAAUAGAACUGUUUGGCCAUAAUUACCAUCGUUAUGUUUGGAGGGAAAAGGGGGUUGCUUGCAAGCCGAAGAACACCAUCCCAACCGUGAAGCACGGGGGUGGCAGCAUCAUGCUGUGGGGGUGCUUUGCUGCAGGAGGGACUGGUGCACUUCACAAAAUAGAUGGCAUCAUGAAGAAGGAAAAUGAUCUGGAUAUAUUGAAGCAACAUCUCAAGACAUCAGUCAGGAAGUUAAAGAGUUAAAUUGGUCGCAAAUGGGUCUUCCAAAUGGACAAUGACCCCAAGCAUACUUCCAAAGUUGUGGCAGAAUGGCUUAAGAACAACAAAGUCAAGGUAUUGGAGUGGCCAUCACAAAGCCCUGACCUCAAUCCUAUAGAAAAUGUGUGGGCAGAACUGAAAAAGCAUGUGUGAGCAUGGAGGCCUACAAACCUGACUCAGUUACACUAUCUCUGUCAGGAGGAAUGGGCCAAAAUUCACCCAACUUAUUGUGGGAAGCUUGUGGAAGGCUACCCGAAAUGUUUGACCCAAGUUAAACAAUUUAAAGGCAAUGCUACCAAAUACUAACUGAGUUUAUGUAAACUUCUGACCCACUGGGAAUGUGAUGAAAGAAAUAUAAGCUGAAAUAAAACAUUCUCUUUACUAUUAUUCUGACAUUUCACAUUCUUAAAAUAAAGUGGUGAUCCUAACUGACCUAAGACAGGAAAUUAGUACUAGGAUUAAAUGUCAGGAAUUGUGGAAAACUGAAUUUAAAUGUAUUUGGCUAAGGUGUAUGUAAACUGUUGACUUCAACUGUUUAUAUACAUAUAUACAUACAUAUACUGUCGUAGAAAUAUUUGAUUCAAAAGUAGUUAACUCAAAAAUAUCUCUCAAGAAACUGGAGCUUGUGAAUCCAAAAAUUAGACUUUAUUAUUGCGUAACAAAGCCGAUCUGCUCCAUGGAACACCCGCUUGCCCUUGGCUUAAAGAUCUCCUUUUAUACACAUACAAAUGCAUAGUCAUGCUUACAUAGAAUAUACAGUUACUCCCCCUAAGAUAAAUGAUUAACAUCUUUCACCGUCACGCCACCGUUAUCUUUCAAAUUCCAAUAACACAUGUUGUUUACUCUUACAAGAGCUACGUGCGCUACAUACAUUGAUUAAAGCAUGGUUACACACUGUAUUGGCUAUAUUCCUUAUUAAGACAUACAUCUGGAUUAUAAAAAUAUCAAUCAUGUUUACUAUAUUUUACGUUUGACAUUUCCCAACAUUUUGCCUUAAUGAUACAUCAUUUAUUUCCAUAUAUUCCCCCCUUUGGGACUUCCAAUAAAGUCCCAAUAAUUCAAAAAUUAAUUUUAAAUGAAUGUAAGCCUGUGCAUUUACUUAUUCUUAGCCUUGCCAUAUGUGGUUACAUUUUAUAUGCAUUUAUUUAAACCAAUAUAUCUUCCUCAUUGUUUGACCCAUCCUGAUGAGGACCCAGAGCCCAGUCAGGUAUUGGAUACAAGUCUGAAAGGUUUUCCUCUACAUUAACCUCCAAGUUUUCCUGUUGGGCUUUGUAACCAUGGCAGGCCCAUCCUCCCCCAGGAACAACACCAUACAGACAUUCAGGAUUCCCAAAUGGACAGUCCAUUGAUCCUCCUUUAACAUUACAAGGUUUCCCAUAUUCAUUAACAUACUGUCCUGGAGCUCCCUGAACUGGGUGUAUUUCUUUGGCUGAACUAGGAACAAUGGUCUGUACAGUCAUUUGUUUUACUGUGGUUUGAGUCAAAAGUGAUUUUAACAGAGGUAGUAAACAACAAAACACUAUUCCCAUCACUACUAAUUAUAUACCUAUCAUUAUUCCCAUUUUUGUAAGCGUUGCACCCCAUUUUCCCAGAGUUAAGUCCAUCCAGUCCCAAACAUGAGCAUCAUGCCCAGCAUUGUCCUUAACCUCUUUCCGUAGUCCUUUGAGCUUAGUCAUUGCUUCAGUGAAUGAACCAUCCGGGGCAGUGUUAUUGGGGAUAAAAGUACAACAUUAAUCUCCAAACAUAACACAAACUCCACCUUUCUCUGCUAAUAGCCAGUUUAAAGCCUGCCUAUUCUGCCAUGCCAUUCUACUAGUAGCCUGUACUUGCUCUCCUAAAGCUGAUAAUGCAGAAUCUGUGUAAUUAAUAAACCUAUGUUGAUUAUAAUAAAUAUAAUUGAUCCAUUCUAGGUUUUUGUUGGGUGAAAUCCAGACAAAUAUUGAUUCUAAUCCUGCUUUAAUUUCAUCUCUUGCCUUAUAUUCAUUUGGAAUUCCUCUGGGUUGACCUAUUGCAUCUAAAUAUACAUUGGGGUCAUGUUCAUAUGCUCUUUUUAUCCUUUUAUUACUAUUCUGUGCGUCCCUAUUUGUUGUUUUGUCUACCUCCCCCUCCUGAAGCAUUUGUACUCUAGCACAUAUUCCCUUCCAUCCCCUAGGCAAAGUAGCUCUAAUUAUUUGUUCUCCACAUACCCAAAAUAAAUCUGCCACUGCCACCGAUUGAUCCUCAUAAGGAGAAAUUAAUGGCAUUGCCAGUGUUUGCUUCUCACCAGGCCCUCCAUUAGUAGCGAUUACUCCAGUACUUGAUCCUGCUGCCUGAUAUACUGCUCUGUGGGGGGUAUCUGCAUUCCAGGACAUGUUAUCACUACUUAGGUGCCAUGUGGUCUCACACUUUCCCUUAAAUUUGCCCAAAUCAUGCUCCCCAUCCGUUUUGUUGUAGCAUUCAUAAUCUUGAUUAUAAUCUAUACAAUAUUUUUCUGGUGCUUCCAUUUUUCUGGGUUCUAUUCUCAUAUCUAAUUUUUUACACCACUCCCCCAUCCUGGUUGAUUAUAGAAUCUGGAAUGAUAGGGAUUUCCCAAAAAUGAUAAACACUCUGCAGGACAGUAGGGUCUUUAUCCUCUUUUAAGAUGACAAUAGCUUCGUUUAAAGUUAGCACAUUCCUUGUAACUGUGUGGAUUUGGUAUUACUAUCAAUUAUUUUAAUGGAGAAGGAGCACAUACUAAACAACUCGUUUUUCUAUUAAUUGUUUUAGCUGAAUAUUCUGCCCAUUUGUACCAAUCAUUUUGCAUUGCUCCCUCCCAUAGCCUUCCUAAUUUUGUUGGUGCUUUCAUUAUUUCCGGUACUAUUGUUGGGGCUGAGGUAGAUUGUCUAUUUUCCUGAUUUUCCCAAUUAGUAAAAAAAUCCCAUACCCAGUUGUUCCUUUUUUUUUCUUCUAAUCCUGUCUUUGUUGGUUCAACUGCUAUAGUAAUUAGUGGUCCUUGGGUAGUGGUCAUAGUUACAUUAACUAUUCCAGGUUCUUCUUCCUGUCUAGAUUGGUGUUUGGAAAUAGGAUCAAUGUCCAUUGUUGUUAUACUAUUCCCUUCUGACCCUUUAGUGCUAACUAUUUCCAAUAUGUACUUUGCAUUAUUUUCUUGAGUCAAUUCCUUUAAGCUAAUUUCCCAACUAGUGUCUCCUUUGUUAAUUUCUAUUUGGCAGCCAUAUUCAUCCCAGAUUGCUUCUCCUCUUGUUUGAUGAUUAGCCCACCCACAAAGUGAUUUUUCUGGCAGAGGUUUUAUCCUUCGUAUUGAAAAUGAUUUUUGAGUUUCUGUAGCUGUCAGUACUUGGGCUGGAAUAGAAAUACUGGUUCGAGCUAUUUCCAAAGGUACAUGCUUUUUUAUUCUAUCUCUUAUUUUAGCUUCAGGAACCAAUUUCUUAAAUACUGAUGAAAUCAUGAGAUGUUUGGCUUGUUUUAUAUGCAACAUUUUUCCAUGUCCAUUCCCUUUUAGCUCAACUUCUACACAAUUAUUUUUUAGGCAUUUUAUUUUAAACAUUGCAUAUCCUUCAAUCUGACAUUUCCCCAAUCUAGGCCAUCCUGUGUAUGAUACUUGUUCUUUAUUCACAACAACAAUUCUUCCUGGCUCAGUAAGGCUGUCUCUAGAAUAUUGUAUAGUUGUAGGCAGACUCACUACCAUCUCUCCUAGAUUAACUGCUAUUACCGCUAGAGCAAUUCCACAGUUCUUAAAUUGUCGGGGACGAUGAGAGGGCAGAGAAUUCAAUUGUGGGAAAGUCACUUGCCUCAAUGACAGGGGAGUCUCUUUCUUCAAUGGUGGGGAAGUCACCUCUCUCAGUGGUAGUAAAGUCACUUUCCUCUCCAUCACCUGUUGUUCCCCCAUUACCUCGGUUUUUGCUUGUGCUUGGGGUAUCUGCCAGGACAGGUAUCCUAUCAGCAGUAUUCCCCAAAUCAUCAGGCCCCACCUCCCGACUCUCCAGAUUUUCAGGAGGGAGUGCCUGCUGUCCUUCGACGUUGGCACUUGGACUCGUGCUUGCUUCUUCUUCUUGGACUCCAUCUGGUGCCUCGACAUCCUCCGCUUCCUCAUGGCUCGCUGACGGCAGACCGGUUCUCUUCGGGACCCUGGUGCAGUGGUUCAGAUGGUACCACGUCGUGCUUCCUUCCACCUGUAUCGCCGUGGGCGUUGCUCGGAUCACCUUGUAUGGUCCUUGUCUCCUGGGCUCGUUCCACUUUCUGUGAAACACUCAGAUGUAGACUCGGUCUCCUGGAAUCACCGGCCCUGGCUCCUCUGGUCCGGGUUCCGGUUCUCGCCUUUUUUCCUGGAGAUAGAUCACUUUAUGUAUAGCAGUUAGUUGUCUUACAUAUGCUUUAAGCUCCAUCUCUAAUUGUUCCAACGAGGGUUGUUCUGUUAGUUUGCAUGCGAUAACUCAUCAAAGCUAGUGGUAGUGCAUCCACCCAAUUGAGCUUUGCACUGGCACAGAUUUUAUUCAGUUUAGCCUUGAGGUUCGCAUUAAUCCUCUCAACAAUCCCCUGAGAUUGCGGAUGAUACACACACCCUAGUCUUUGCUUGAUCCUUAACUGCUGUAGUACUUGCUUCACUGUUUUCUGAAUAAAUGCUGAUCCAUUGUCUGAACUGAUUUCUGUUGGUAUUCCAAAUCUGGGUAUUACUCUACUAGUUAGAAAUUUGAUUACUGUCCCUGAUCCUAGAUCUGCUGAUGGUACCGCUUCUACCCAUCUACUGAAUCUAUCUAUGAUCACUAGCAUGUACCUUUUGCCAUUCACCUUUUUUAUCAUAUCUACAUAGUCCAUGACUAAAUAUCGAAAUUGUCCUUCAGGAACUGGUAUGUGCCCUAUAGGCGUUGUUAUUCCUUUCAUUACAUUGUUUUGUGCACACACCUUACAUCUUGCUAAUGCCUCAUCUAUUGUUGCCUGUAGGUAUGGAGACCAGUAUCCUUGCUUUUUAAUUUUCCUUAUUAUCUCCCCCCUUGCGCAAUGGUCAAAACCAUGCACAUCAGUUAUCAGUAAGUUGAGCAACACACUAGGUGCUACUAUGGUUCCUUCAUGAGACCUCCAUAAUUCAUUUACAUCUUUGGUGGCCCCUCUUUGGUGCCACAUAGUCUGUUCAUUAGGUCCUGCCCUUUCCUGCAUCCUUAUUAUAUCGUCUGGUUGUGCUAUGGAUUCAAUAAUGACCAUUGGUGCUGUUAACACUGAGACGGUGCAUCUAGAUGCCUUCCUUGCAGCUUCAUCAGCUGCAUUGUUUCCUUUGGUAAUAAAUUAUUUUCCUUUCCUAUGCACCUGACAUUUUACUAUCGGCAAUUUAGUGGGAUACAUUAACGCCGUCAUUAAUUCCACAAUCUGCUCGUGGUGUUGUAUGGGUGUACCAUCGCUUUUCCUGAACCCUCGCUGCUUCCAGACUGCCCCAAAUAAAUGACACACCCCAUGUGCAUAUGCUGAAUCAGUAUAGCUAAUAACUGUUUUCCGUUUUCCCAGGAUGCAAGCUGCAGUAAGUGCUUUUAGUUCAGCUAACUGAGCUGAGCAUGGCUGAGGACAAUAUUCUGCUAUUACCUCUUUAAAAUCUUCUCCUUGCUUUUGUACUACUGCAUAGCCUGCAUGAUUUCCCACAUGAUCCUUAUAACAGGAUCCAUCCACAAAAUACUCUUCUAUGCACUCUUCCCCCACACUGGACAAUGGGGUUGACUCCAAGUCUGGUCUUAAUCGAGUAAAUGUCAAUGAGUCUGCUACACAGUCAUGUGCUUGUCCCUCAAACUCCAAAGGGAUUCUUUCAGCUGUAUUUAUUGUUGUGCAUCGUUUAAUGGAAACAUCUGGAUAGGUCAGUAGAGUCAUUUAUUCUAAAGUUCUAGCAUUGGUAAGAACAAACUUUCCUUUUUCUAUCAGUUCCACUAUUUUAUGGUGUGUAUGUAUUGUUACCGGGUAUUCCAUAGUAAUUGUGGACGCUUUGUCAUAUGCAUAUUGUAAUGCAGCUAAAUCUUGAUAGCAGGGUGGAUAUCCCUGAGCAACAGAAUCUAGUUUAGAACUAUAAUAAGCAAUGGGUUGUUUUCGUCUUCCACUGCACGUCUCUUGCAUAAGUACCGCCGUCGCAUACUUAUCACAUCUGUUUGCCACAUACAACAAGAAUGGUUUUGUGUAAUCUGGGGCUGCUAGUGCCGGAGCUGACUGCAUUUCCUUCUUCAUUGUUUCAAAUGCAGUCAAUGCAUCACUGUUCCAUUCCAGGCUUGCUCUAAGGUGUAGUUGUCCUGCUUCUUUCAUGAUUUCUCGCAGAGGAGCAGAUUUAACCGCAUACUCCUCUAUCCAGUCUGAGCUGAAUCCAGUCAUCCCUAGGAACGUCAUCAUCUGAGCAACUGUUUGAGGGAGCGGUGCCUUGCUGAUUCCUUCCAGUUGUCCUGGGGCUAUUGCCUUUGUCCCAUGUGCAAUUGUUCUUCCUAGAUAUUCAACUUGAGAUUGGCAGUACUGAAGUUUCGUUUUUGACACCUUGUGUCCUCCUUCUGCCAUUCGCUUUAAAAUCUUCAUAGAAUCAGUAUGGCAUUGUUCUAAGGAGGGAGCACAGAUCAACAGAUCAUCCACAUACUGGAUCAAUGUUCCUUCUAGUAUUAGAUCUUCUUGGUCUGUUCUUAACACCUGAUUAAACACAUGCGGAGAAUGCUUAAAUCCCUGUGGCGUCCGAGUAUAUGUGUACUGUUUACCUUUGUAGGUAAAUGCAAACAAGUGUCUGCACUCUUCUGCCAGGGGCACACUAAAAAAUGCUCCACAUAGGUCAAUCACUGUGAAGUACUUGGCUUCUGGGGGAACAUUGGUGAGUAGCGUAUGAGGGUUUGGAACAUCAGCAGGCCAAUCUUGUACUAUGUCAUUUAUGGCCCUUAAGUCAUGUACCAGCCUCCCAUCUGCUUUAAGGACCGGCAAUAAAGGUGUGUUACAACAACUUUGUGUUUCUAUCAGUACUCCUGCUUUUAUCAGUCCUUCGAUUGUGACGUUGAUACCCUCUUCUGCUUCAGGUUUCAUAUGGUAUUGAGCCCUCCAAGGGGGCUUGACAUCUGGCUUUGUUUUGAUGAACACAGGACAUGCUGAUUUUACCAAUCCAACAUCUGUAUCAUGUUGUGACCAUACCUCGUGAGGUAUGUUUUUCUCCAUUUCCUUUCUGUGCUGGAUUUCUAAUUAUUUUGCUUCCCCUAGCUGUGCUAGCUGUUGGGAUGUAACUUCCACUUCCCUUGGGUCCCCAGUCAUUACUGUGGUAUGGUGUAUCUUGAUGAAAGCUUUAUCUUUUGAGUGAUAAAUCAAUGGGUUAUCUGUCUUGUUCCAUUGAAUUGUUUUUGCUCGCUUCAUCAUGGGGCCCAAAUCCUUUGCCUCCAUUCCCUUGUUCACCAGCAAGGUAAUGUGUGGGGCAGCUUCAGAAACAUUGUACCAUUUUGCCACAAAGUCUGAUCCGUCCAUGUCCGUCACCUCCAUUGCUGCUCCUUGUUUUCCUAUAAUUAUGUACUGAGACAUUAUUGGUACCGAUUUCCCAUUUGCAUUUAACAACCACAGUUGUUCUAAGAGAUCAUCACGAUAAGGAUCAUAUUGCAUGGUGCAAUGAUAUUCUGACUUUCCUCUUUCUGCCUCUGGUAUCUGAGCCUGAAUAAACCUUCCCCAUUUCCUGACUACCUUAUCUACAUCUGUCUCAAUAUUCCCUAACCAAUAAACAUUUGAUGUAUCCUGCUUCAUUACCAUUUGUAAGUUUAACCCUGCCUUGUCUACAAUUACCCCUUCAGAGGAACAUCAAAUUUGUAUACCAAUUUUUUCAUAGUGUUGUGAUACAAAUAUAGGAAGGGUUGCGGAUUUGUCAUCCGCUAUUAGGCGAACUGGAGCUGUCAUUGGAAUUAACUGUGUUUGUCCCGAGAAUCCUACAGUUUUGGCAUAUUUGCCAGACAUGGGGAGGUGAGAGGCAUAAUUUGGACUUAGACAGGUGUAAGUGGCUCCAGUGUCGACCAUCAUGGGUGUGCCUCUGUUCUCUAUUUGAACCUGCAGCAUAGGCUCUUGAUAAGCUCGCGUAGUUAGUACUGAAAACUGACCCUCCGCUGUAGGAUUAUCUGGGCACCCCUACUACCCCUGAUUAGGCCCUGCCCAUGGAUUCACAGGACCUUGGAUUUGUUGCUGAUUUUGUUGCCAGCCGUCAGUUUGCUUCCAAUUAUUUUGGUUGCUGUUCCCCCCUGCUGUUGCCAGGGGUUUGUGAGGCAGUUUCGUCUGAUAUGCCCUGGCUGUUGGCAUCCCCAGCAAAUUCCAGGUGGCCCUUGUGGGCCCCAAUUUCCUCCUUUUUGAUUGUUUUGCUGAGAUUUUUGCUGUUUAUUGUUAUUAUUCCAUCGUCGGGGUUGUUGUGCAUACACAUUCACUACUGGUGAUGUGGGUUGUACUUGGGCCUGUGGUGCAGGAGGCGGAUAUGGCCCUCCUGGAGUGACUGCAGCCACCAUUCCUGUUUUAGUCAUAGGUGCUGUUACUGGGGCCUGGAUUUUCUUUUUCCCUCUGUUUGUCAGUUCUUCCAAAUUUAGUUGAGUCAACUUCCUCUGAAUCUCUCUCCCCUGCUUUAUAAGUCUCUGUUCAUCCUUUCUGUGUUUUUCUACUGCAUGUAUCACAUGGUCACAGAAUUCUUUGUUUGUCUUUGAGGUUAGUCCCACCACAUCCUCCAGCCUGCUUCUCACUGGUUGGGGCAUGGCCUCUAUUAUUGAGUUUCGGAAUAGAGUUGUCAUCAGUGGGUCCCCCUCUGGAUCUCGUUCUGUCUCCAGUCUCCAUCGUUUCAUCUGUUCAUGUAGAUAGGCAGCUGGAUUCUCAGUUUCUCCCAGUGUCCCCCCUUUCAGUGACUUGGGGUCAAUUCUUGCCGGAUAUUCCAGUCUCAGUGCUCGCCAGACUUCAGGGCGGUGUGAAUCAAAGUCCAUCCCAUCUCCUUGUGGGCCACUCACUUCUCUCCUCAGGUCACUGUUCCCCAGUAUAUCCUCAAUUUUUGCCUUUCUAAUCACCCUUGCCUUCAGAUCCCCCACAGCCAGCAGUUUCCCCAUGGUUUGUUCCUCAAAAAUUCUUAUCCAUUUUCCUGCCCCAUCAUGCAAAUCUGGCAGACGGGCAACCAAUCCUUCCAGGUCCUGUGAUCUCGGAACAUAGUGAGCCUGGGUACCUUUUAUUAGAAUUGGAUAUUGUCCCUUGUAUUUUUCAGGUCUUCUCAAUGUUCUCCUAUUCCGCAACCUUUCUUCCCUUACGCCUUGAUUGCAAUCUCCCCAUAUUUCAGCUGCUGCUCCUUCUUCCUCCUCUAGCUCUCUGCCUGUCCGCUGUCUUACCUCACUCUGCUCCCUCUCUAUAUCUUCCUUUUCUCUCAAUAUUCUCCUCAUCCUGUCCAUUUAUUUCUCUAUUAGUUCGUUUGUUGCUUCAAUUUCUGCCAUUUCUUCAUCUGAGAGUUCUCCAUCAUCUCUCUUCGUCACUUUCAUUCUUCCCAAUGCUUCCCUCAGCUCUCCAUAGCAGUCCAAUCUGUUUGGCUUGAUUUCUGCCCUUCGCUUGAUUCCUUCAGUUUUCUUUGAGUCUUUUUCCAUCCUUUGGGAGGAUGUAAACAAAGUCUUUCUUCUUCCAUUUCUAUUUCUCCUUUUAUUGAUACUACUCCGGACACUUGGGGAUAUUGUCCACCAACAGGGGGAAAGGUAUUUGAUCCCCUGCUGAUUUUGUACGUUUGCCCACUGACAAAGACAUGAUCAGUCUAUAAUUUUAAUGGUAGGUUUAUUUGAACAGUGAGAGACAGAAUAACAACAAAAAAAUCCAGAAAAAUGCAUGUCAAAAAUGUUAUGAAUUGAUUUGCAUUUUAAUGAGGGAAAUAAGUAUUUGACCCCUCUGCAAAACAUGACUUAGUACUUGGUGGCAAAACCCUUGUUGGCAAUCACAGAGGUCAGACGUUUCUUGUAGUUGGCCACCAGGUUUGCACACAUCUCAGGAGGGAUUUUGUCCCACUCCUCUUUGCAGAUCUUCUCCAAGUCAUUAAGGUUUCGAGGCUGACGUUUGGCAACUCAAACCUUCAGCUCCCUCCACAGAUUUUCUAUGGGAUUAAGGUCUGGAGACUGGCUAGGCCACUCCAGGACCUUAAUGUGCUGCUUCUUGAGCCACUCCUUUGUUGCCUUGGCCGUGUCUUUUGGGCCAUUGUCAUGCUGGAAUACCCAUCCAUGACACUUUUAUCCAGUUCUCCUCUGAAUCAUUCAGAUGUUCAUUGGCAAACUUCAGAUGGGCCUGUAUAUGUGCUUUCUUGAGCAGGGGGACCUUGCGGGCGCUGCAGGAUUUCAGUCCUUCACGGCGUAGUGUGUUACCAAUUGUUUUCUUGGUGACUAUGGUCCCGGUUGCCUUGAGAUCAUUGACAAGAUCCUCCUGUGUAGUUCUGGGCUGAUUCCUCACUGUUCUAAUGAUAAUUGCAACUCCACGAGGUGAGACAUUGCAUGGAGCCCCAGGCCGAGGGAGAUUGACAGUUAUUUUGUGUUUCUUCCAUUUGCGAAUAAUCGCACCAGCUGUUGUCACCUUCUCACCAAGCUGCUUAGCGAUGGUCUUGUAGCCCAUUCCAGCCUUGUGUAGGUCUACAAUCUUGUUCCUGACAUUCUUGGAGAGCUCUUUGGUCUUGGCCAUGGUGGAGAGUUUGGAAUCUGAUUGAUUGAUUGCUUCUGUGGACAGGUGUCUUUUAUACAGGUAACAAGCUGAGAUUAGGAGCACUCCCUUUAAGAGUGUGCUCCUAAUCUCAGCUCGUUACCUGUAUAAAAGACACAUGGGAGCCAGAAAUCUUUCUGAUUUACAGGGGGUCAAAUACUUAUUUCCCUCAUUAAAAUGCAAAUCAAUUUAUAACAUUUUUGACAUGCGUUUUUCUGGAUUUUUGUUGUUGUUAUUCUGUCUCUCACUUUUCAAAUAAACCUACCAUUAAAAUUAUAGACUGAUCCUUUCUUUGUCAGUGGGCAAACGUACAAAAUCAGCAGGGGAUCAAAUACUUUUUCCCCUCACUGUAUGGUGGAGGUCCCACAGACCAAUCUGCUUUCUUUUUGUUUGUUUUCUCAUCAUCUUUUCUCAACAUGUUUCUGGCUUCUCACAUGUUCUUUAGCAAUCAUUUUCCUUCCAUUUUGAACAUGUUGAGUACGUCUUUUUCCCUCUUUCUUUUGGCGCUUCCCUUCUUUCCUGUCUUUUGCUUUAUGGUUCUUUAUCAGUGUUUCCAUUUCCUCACACACCGAUACAUCAAAUGUUCCUCCUUCUGGCCAUUUGGUGCCCAUUUUCCUGGUGCGUUUCUCCCAUUUUCUAGAUGUUUUCUUCCUUGCCUAAGGGAUACCUAGCACUCAGUAUUUCUACCGCCGUUUCAUUCAUAUUUAUGGCCUAUAUUUUUUACUUCCUUUUUAAUCUAUUUUAGUAUUCGUCCUAUUUAUUUAUUUAUCCUUCUUAAUCCUUUUAUAUUAGUAUUCCCUUUUUAUUGUUAAACAAUUUGUGCUUCUUUGAUUAUUGUUUGGUCAGAACGUAUUUAUUAUUAAUGGGCAUUUGACAGUCUCUUUAUGUAAUAAUAAUAUAAUAUCUCCUGAUGUCCACUUUUCUUUUGUGUGGAACACCUCAUGAAUCUUUCCCUUGCUAGUGUUUUUUCUUAGCUUUAAAUCACUCAGCUAUAUUCUUUAUGUAAUAAUAAUAUAAUAUCUCCUGAUGUCCACUUUUCUUUUGUGUGGAACACCUCAUGAAUCUUUCCCUUGCUAGUGUUUUUCUUAACUUUAAAUCACUCAGCUAUAUGUGUGUUUCUACCCCUAUGAGCAUUCAAACACCAUUCACUCUUCCUCUCCUGGUGCGAGACCGGGUGCAUCCUUCCUACCAGGUUACACUUAAGUAACAGUCCAGGAAAGGUGCGCCAACCUUUCUCAACCAAAGACAGAAACUUCAAAAGACCUCAAAUACAGUUUCUCUCCUCAACACAGAAAAUAAGCUAUCAUCUGCAGGAUUUCUUAUUAUUCUCAUUCAUACAGAUGAGUAGCCACCCGUGCCCAAAUGAAUCAGACAGUUAAAUGACUCACAGUAGCCCAAGCAAACCACUCAUCCACAUGAGAUGAUCAGACCUACUCUAUCUAACUCUUUCUCUAUAUUUUGAAGCCUUAGUGGCUGUUUAACCCAUUCACCUACUCAGGAUGACCGGUGUUAACUCCAAUUUUUGGCGUCACCUACUCCCGAUUACCUAACUUUUUACCUGAUCGACCCUUUCUGAUUCACUUCCCCGACACAAGAAAUACGAUUUUAUACAGGAUUUCUAUCUACAUAUAUAGCCCUCUAGGUGAUUCACUUCCUCGACACACCCUUACUGGACUUCUAUCUUACGCUUUCCUAAGCGACCUGUAAAUUCGGCCCUUUCUUCUGACACAGAAAAAAGCGGUAGUACAAACGAUUUCUGCCUACCUAAGCGGCCCUCUAAAGAUGCACUUCCUUUUUUACUUUAGAGCGGUAUCUGUAGGACUUUGUACCUAUUUAUUAUCUGAUCGUUCAAACAGAUAAACAGCCGCCCGUGCCGAAAUGACCCAGACAAAGUGAUCAGCAAGAUGAAUCAAAUGAAUCGACCAGACGCAUCAGAUGAGCAGCCGAGCGACCCCGAUGACUGAAUGCACGAAUUGAGCAAUCAAAUUUUACAUUUUACAUUUUAGUCAUUUAGCAGACGCUCUUAUCCAGAGCGACUUACAGUUAGUGAGUGCAUACAUUUUAAUUUUUUUAUACUGGAAUCGAACCCACAACCCUGGCAUUACAAAUGCCAUGCUCUACCAACUGAGCUACAUCCCUGCCGGCCAUUCCCUCCCCUACCCUGGACGACGCUGGGCCAAUUGUGUGCCGCCCCAUGGGUCUCCCGGUCGCGGCCGGCUACGACAGAGCCUGGAUCAAACAGAUCGAUCAGACCAUCCAGAUGAGCACCCUGAAUGAGACAGAUGAAUCAUCCAACCCAACCACAACCAAUUGAAUCACAAUGGCUUAAACAGAAUAACCAGCAGGACGAACAAAUGAAUCAGAUGACCUGAACAGACGGUCCAGACAAACAAACCAAGUGACAUUUGACGGGUACAAGACACGUCAAACAAAACAGUCAAAUUAGUCAAACGGAUGCAAUCACACUGACUGAAUGAUCAACCCAAAUGAAACAGAUAACUCACCCUACCCAACCACAAUGAAUGAACCACACCGACCCAAACACACCAUCCACCCACUCGGACCGAGUAGAUCUACGCUUAUUAUUUUCUACGUAUUGCAACCCUCGAGGCUUUUUAUUAUUAUUAUUUUAUUUAUUUUUUAUUAUUUUUUAUCCCUUAACAUGUAUUUUUUAAUCCAAAAGCUCCCAGUCUCAUAUUUUCUGGUUCUUAAAUUUGGAGAGACUUACUUGGUAUUCUGCAGCUGAGGCCGGGCCCCGGAUCGAACCACACAAACUUUAUACUAUAUAAGUAAGAACUUGGCUUACCUUUUUAAAAGCGGCCACUUUUGUUUGUAUGGUCCGUCCAAGCCGUUUCACAACCGCAGAUGUCCACCGUCUCUGGACCUGUUUUCAACUCCUGGCAACGCUCGCCAUUUAUGUCGUAGAAAUAUUUGAUUCAAAAGUAGUUAACUCAAAAAUAUCUCUCACGAAACUGGAGCUUGUGAAUCCAAAAAUUAUACUUUAUUAUUGCGUAACAAAGCCGAGCUGCUCCAUGGAACACCCGAUUGCCCUUGGCUUAAAGAUCUCCUUUUAUACACAUACAAAUGCAUAGGCAUGCUUACAUAGAAUACACAGUUACUCCCCCUAAGAUAAAUGAUUAACAUCUUUCACCGUCACGCCACCGUUAUCUUUCAAAGUCCAAUAACACAUGUUGUUUACUCUUACAAGAGCUACGUACGCUUUCCAGUUGAGGCCUCUUUCCCUUAUCUCUUUAUAUUGCUGGCGUGACUCAGACACUUUCUUAAAAAAUAAUAUACAUACAUUGAUUAAAGCAGGGUUACACACUAUAUACCUUAUUUAGACAUACAUCUGGAUUAUAAAAAUGUCAAUCAUGUUUACUAUAUUUUACCUUUGACAUUUCCCAACAUUUUGACUUAAUGAUACAUAAUUAAUUUCCAUAAUAUAUAUAUGUAUAUAUAUAUAUAGUGGGGAGAACAAGUAUUUGAUACACUGCCGAUUUUGCAGGUUAUCCUACUUACAAAGCAUGAAGAGGUCUGUCAUUUUUAUCAUAGGUACACUUCAACUGUGAGAGACGGAAUCUAAAACAAAAAUCCAGAAAAUCACAUUGUAUGAUUUUUAAGUAAUUAAUUUGCAUUUUAUUGCAUGACAUAAGUAUUUGAUCACCAACCAACCAGUAAGAAUUCCGGCUCUCACAGACCUGUUAGUUUUUCUUUAAGAAGCCCUCCUGUUCUCCCCUCAUUACCUGUAUUAACUGCACCUGUUUGAACUCAUUACCUGUAUAAAAUACACCUGUCCACACAAUCAAUCAAACAGACUCCAAACUCUCCACAAUGGCCAAGACCAGAGCGCUGUGUAAGGACAUCAGGGUUAAAAUUGUAGACCUGCACAAGGCUGGGAUGGGCUACAGGACAAUAGGCAAGCAGCUUGGUGAGAAGGCAACAACUGUUGGCGCAAUUAUUAGAAAAUGGAAGAAGUUCAAGAUGACGGUCAAUCACCCUCGGUCUGGGGCUCCAUGCAAGAUCUCACCUCGUGGGGCAUCAAUGAUCAUGAGGAAGGUGAGGGAUCAGCCCAGAACUACAUGGCAGGACCUGGUCAAUGACCUGAAGAGAGCUGGGACCACAGUCUCAAAGAAAACCAUUAGUAACACAUUACGCCGUCAUGGAUUAAAAUCCUGCAGCGCAAGGCAGGUCCCCCUGCUCAAGCCAGCGCAUGUCCAGGCCUGUCUGAAGUUUGCCAAUGACCAUCUGGAUGAACCAGAGGAGGAAUGGGAGAAGGUCAUGUGGUCUGAUGAGACAAAAAUAGAGCUUUUUGGUCUAAACUCCACUAGCCGUGUUUGGAAGAAGAAGAAGGAUGAGUACAACCCCAAGAACACCAUCCCAACCGUGAAGCAUGGAGGUGGAAAAAUCAUUCUUUGGGGAUGCUUUUCUGCAAAGGGGAUAGGACGACCGCACCAUAUUGAGGGGAGGAUGGAAGGGGCCAUGUAUCGCGAGAUCUUGGCCAACAACCUCCUUACCUCAGUAAGAACAUUGAAGUUGGGUCGUGGCUGGGUCUUCCAGCAUGACAACGACCGAAAACACACAGCCAGGGCAACUAAGGAGUGGCUCCGUAAGAAGCAUCUCAAGGUCCUGGAGUGGCCUAGCCAGUCUCCAGAACUGAACCCAAUAGAAAAUCUUUGGAGGGAGCUGAAAGUCCGUAUUGCCCAGCGACAGCCCCGAAACCUGAAGGAUCUGGAGAAGGUCUGUAUGGAGGAGUGGGCCAAAAUCCCUGCUGCAGUGUCUGCAAACCUGGUCAAGACCUACAGGAAACGUAUGAUCUCUGUACUUGCAAACAAAGGUUUCUGUACCAAAUAUUAAGUUCUGCUUUUCUGAUGUAUCAAAUACUUAUGUCAUGCAAUAAAAAGCAAAUUAAUUACUUAAAAAUCAUACAAUGUGAUUAUCUGGAUUUAUAUUUGGUUACUAAAUCAUUCCAUAUGUGUUAUUUCAUAGUUUUGAUGUCUUCACUAUUAUUCUACAUUGUAGAAAAUAGUAAAAAUAAAGAAAAACCUGGAAUGAGUAGGUGUCCAAACUUAUGACUGGUACUGUAUACACACACACAUACACACACAUACACAUUUCCCAUCACAUACAUACAUGCCGGACUCCAACAUCGGUUGUCAUAAUAUUUUUACUUUUAAACUUGUAUUGUUGUGUAUUGUUAGAAAUUACUGCAGUGUUUGCUAGGAACACAAGUAUUUCAAUACACCCGCAAUAACAUCUGCUAAUAUGUGUAUGUGACCAAUCAAAUGUGAUUUUGAUUUAGUUCAUGUAAAACGUUUGGGGUAACCAGUCACUGCAGAUGACUAAAUACAUGUUGGCAAGCUUAUAAUCGUUCUUCGUUUUAUCAUGAGCUGGUUCAUUUGAGUUCAUAACGUUGCGUGUCAUUCUUCUCAGGGAACUUUGAGCUGGUCAGCCUAUUGUUGGAGAGAGGGGCGGAUCCUAUGACCGGAACCAUGUACAGAAAUGGCAUCUCAUCUGCCCAAUCCGGGGACAUGAGCUCAUACAGCCUGGCAGCAUCUCAUGGCCACAGGUAACAUACACUCACACCAGUGGAGGCUCCUCAGAGGAGGAAGGGGAGAACCAUCUACUCAGUGUUUUUUUUUUUUCAUUUAUUUUAAAGUGAAACUUGUGAAAAAUGUUAGCAUUUGUAGAUAAAACUGUGCUAAAUAUAUUAAGGCCACCGAAUACAGUGGGGUAAAAAAGUAUUUAGUCAGCCACCAAUUGUGCAAGUUCUCCCACUUAAAAAGAUGAGAGAGGCCUGUAAUUUUCAUCAUAGGUACACGUCAACUAUGACAGACAAAUUGAGGAAAAGAAAUCCAGAAAAUCACAUUGUAGGAUUUUUUAUGAAUUUAUUUGCAAAUUAUGGUGGAAAAUAAGUAUUUGGUCACCUACAAACAAGCAAGAUUUCUGGCUCUCACAGACCUGUAACUUCUUCUUUAAGAGGCUCCUCUGUCCUCCACUCGUUACCUUUAUUAAUGGCACCUGUUUGAACUUGUUAUCAGUAUAAAAGACACCUGUCCACAACCUCAAACAGUCACACUCCAAACUCCACUAUGGCCAAGACCAAAGAGCUGUCAAAGGACACCAGAAACAAAAUUGUAGACCUGCACCAGGCUGGGAAGACUGAAUAUGCAAUAGGUAAGCAGCUUGGUUUGAAGAAAUCAACUGUGGGAGCAAUUAUUAGGAAAUGGAAGACACUGAUAAUCUACCUCGAUCUGGGGCUAAACACGCAAGAUCUCACCCUGUGGGGUCAAAAUGAUCACAAGAACGGUGAGCAAAAAUCCCAGAACCACACGGGGGAACCUAGUGAAUGACCUGCAGAGAGCUGGGACCAAAGUAACAAAGCCUACCAUCAAUAACACACUACGCCGCCAGGGACUCAAAUCCUGCAGUGCCAGACGUGUCCCCCUGCUUAAGCCAGUACAUGUCCAGGCCCGUCUGAAGUUUGCUAGAGUGCAUUUGGAUGAUCCAGAAGAGGAUUGGGAGAAUGUCAUAUGGUCAGAUGAAACCAAAAUAGAACUUUUUGGUAAAAACUCAACUCGUCGUGUUUGGAGGACAAAGAAUGCUGAGUUGCAUCCAAAGAACACCAUACCUACUGUGAAGCAUGGGGGUGGAAACAUCAUGAUUUGGGGCUGUUUUUCUGCAAAGGGACCAGGACGACUGAUCCGUGUAAAGGAAAGAAUGAAUGGGGCCAUGUAUUGUGAGAUUUUGAGUGAAAACCUCCUUCCAUCAGCAAGGGCAUUGAAGAUGAAACGUGGCUGGGUCUUUCAGCAUGACAAUGAUCCCAAACACACCGCCCGGGCAACGAAGGAGUGGCUUCGUAAGAAGCAUUUCAAGGUCCUGGAAUGGCCUAGCCAGUCUCCAGAUCUCAACCCCAUAGAAAAUAUUUGGAGGGAGUUGAAAGUCCAUGUUGCCCAGCGACAGGCCCAAAACAUCAAUGCUCUAGAGGAGAUCUGCAUGGAGGAAUGGGCCAAAAUACCAGCAACAGUGUGUGAAAACCUUGUGAAGACUUACAGAAAACGUUUGACCUGUGUCAUUGCCAACAAAGGGUAUAUAACAAGAUAUUGAGAAACUUUUGUUAUUGACCAAAUACUUAUUUUCCACCAUAAUUUGCAAAUAAAUUCAUUAAACAUCCUACAAUGUGAUUUUGUAGGAUGAUGUGCUCCUGAGUGGCGCAGUGGUGUGCUCCUGAGUGUGCAGUGGUCUAAGGCAUUGCAUCGCAGUGCUAACUGUGCCACUAGAGAUCCUGGUUCGAAUCCAGGCUCUGUCGCAGCCGGCCGCGACCGGGAGACUCAUGGGCGUCGCACAAUUGGCCCAGUGUCGUCCAGGGUAGGGGAGGGAAUGGCCGGCAGGGAUGUAGCUCAGUUGAUAGAGCAUGGCGUUUGCAACGCCAGGGUUGUGAGUUCGAUUCCCACGGGGGGCCAGUAUAAAAAAAAAAAUGUAUUCACUAACUGUAAGUCGCUCUGGAUAAGAGCGUCUGCUAAAUGACUAAAAUGUAAAAAUGUUCUGUAUUUUUUUUUCUCAUUUUGUCUGUCAUAGUUGACGUGUACCUAUGAUGAAAAUUACAGGCCUCUCUCAUCUUUUUAAGUGGGAGAACUUGCACAAUUGGUGGCUGACUAAAUACUUAUUUUCCCCACUGUAACUGAUUGAAAAAAAUAUAUGUUUUGCAAUGAAGGUCUGCAGUAGCCUCAACAUCAUGCUCUAGGGUGGCACCAUGGUGUAGCCGGAGGGCAGCUAUUUCUGUCCUCCUCUGGGUAUAUUACAUUUUCAUUUUAGUCAUUUAGCAGACGCUCUUAUCCAGAGCGACUUACAGUUAGUUAUUGCAUACAUUUUCAUACUGGCUCCCCGUGGGAAACGAACCCACAACCCUGGCGUUGCAAGCGCCAUGCUCUACCAACUGAGCUACAGGGGACUUCAAUAUAAAACCUAGGAGGCUCAUGGUUCUCAUCCCCUUCCAUAAACUUACACAGUAAUUAUGAUGACUUCUGGAGGAUGUCCUCCAUCCUAUCAGAGCUCUUGCAGUAUGAACUAACAUCUUGUCCACCCAAUCAAAGGAUAAGAGAAUGACUCUAGUAGCGAAAGCAUAAACUACAUAUAGGUAGCACUACAGUGCAUAAAGUGUGGUGAGUAGUUGACUCAAAGAGAGAGAAAGACAAUAGCUGAACCGUUUUGAACAAAUCCAUUUCUUCAAAAAUGAAGGAGAAGCAGCGUAUAUAUUUUGAUGUCAUUUUUUUCUUGUUAAUGUACCUUUCACUUACUUAGCUAAUGCAGCCAAUUUAGCAUACUCAACAGCCAUACUCAACAGCCAAUUUAACCUUGUACACAUCGAUCGGAUUGUUGGUUUACUAAUGCGUUAGUUCUAGUUUGUUGACAUCGGACACCCUCUAACUUCGAACACUCUCGGUUGGAGGACUAAAUCACCUCGAGCUCAAAUGGACUGGAAAAUAAUGGUAAGUUUUGCGACUAAAGACACCCUUCUAUCUAGCUGACCACCGAUUUUCAGUGCAAUUUAUGUAAGUUAAGUUAGGUUUUGAGAGUUUUCAAAAAAGUUAUAUAUGUACACAUUUUGUGGGACAAGCUGCAUAUUGUAAAAUUCGACUGCGCGACAGACCACACAUAAUUUAAUAUCCAACUUUUUACCUCUGAAAUAUAGCUAACGGAUUUUCUAAUGUUGCUAGCUUAGUUUCUAAAUGUUGAUAGAACGGCUAAGACAGCAAAAAGGAAAGAAAUUGUAAGCGUUAGAUAAUACAUAUCACGGAAAAAGCUGAAUGUUGUCAAGCUUUACCGUAUCAAAAUUGGAGUCCACUGACGGAGGCGUUUUUGCACAAUCUGCAAAAAUGGAUUUGGAACUUUAAACCAUGAACUUUUUGACACCUAUCACUGUUGGCUAUGUUUCAUCUUACAACAGCUACAUAGAGGCAGUAUUUAGUCAAAUGUUACAAUGUAUGCAUCAAUAUUAAACUAAUUGGGACACUAAUUUUCAUUGCAGAUAACAUCAAACAAAAAACGUGGGUACACUUUCAGUUAUUGUGAAAACUUUCAUCACCUUUCAAUGCCUUAGCUUUGAAAUGUAAAUGUUUAUACUUAUUCAGAUUUAGUUAUCUUUCUAAAAUGUGUAUAGUAUGCCAAGUUAUUUAGCGACAUGUAUUUACUACCACAGCAUGGAGAAAGUCAAGAGGAAGCAGUGGAGUGAGGUGGACAUGUUCCAUGCCAUGGAGGACUGCAGAGCAGGCAUGCCUAUCCGCCAGGCUGCCAAGGUUAGGCAUCUUUUGUUUUUAGGAGAUUACCAUGUGUAUGUGAAUUAUAUCUGCUAGUAACAGUUUUAUUUUCUUAUCUAACUAGGUGCAUGGUGUACCUCGGCAGACCCUGGCGGACAGGCUGAGCGGCCGGGUGACCCAUGGUUGUCGCAGUGGACCACCCACAUUGCUUGCACCAGAGGAUGAAAAUCUGUAUCUACUGCGCCAGCCAUGGGUUCCCCUUCACCAGACAGAGGCUGAUGAAAUAUGCCGACAAAAUACGCAGGUAUUUGGUGUUCUAUGUGUUUAUGUAUGUAGAUUGGUGGACUGACUGUUCUCAAUGUGUGUGAUGUAAAUGUGGAUGUGUAUGGUGAAGCCAAAACAAACAUUUUCAUCCUGGAUGGACAGUUAUAUAUUCUAUUCUAUUGUAGGUUUCGGCACCCAAGGGAAAGAAUCCCACCACUGGGGAAGAGGUGGUGGGAAAUGUUCAGGAGGAGGCACAAGAACCUGAGCAUGAGGAGGCCGGACACCCUGGACAGGGGGAGAGCUGAGUGUGCCACACGUCCGACGAUGGACACCUUCUUCACUUCUUAUGAGAAGCACUUGGAGGAGAGUGGGUUGAGGGAGAAACCCAGACAAAUCUAUACCCCAAGUGUUUCCCCGGUGGCCACUACACACUGGGACGCCAUCGCCUUUGCUGGACCCCCUGCUGGAACCACUCCUGACAACUGCAUCAGCACUGCCAGUGCCUCCCAGUGUGCAACACCUGUAGGAGCUGCCGGAGACCCCAGCUGCAGAUGAAGGCCAUGUGCCUACUCUCCCGGCCACACCAUCGUCGGCCCCUCUACCCCACCAUUACAAACACCAGCUCCUCCAAGCCAUCGGCGGCGGUUUUGUCCACCACCACCACGAUGCACACCACCCCCCCGUCUGUCACCACCAACACGGCCUCCCCUGGACCAACUGCCUCCUCCAUCUCCCCUGAUCACACCACCAUAGCAGCCUCGUCUGGUGUCCCUGCCCCCUGCAAUUUGAAUACCGCCACCUCCACAGGUAAACAUUUUACAUUUUAGUCAUUUAGCAGACGCUCUUAUCCAGAGUGACUUAGAGUUAGUGAGUGCAUACAAUUUUUUUACACAUGUUAAAUUACGAAAAUCUGUUAUCUGUUUUAUAAAACAUCAAUGUAAAAAAAUAUAUACAGUGGGGAAAACAAGUAUUUGAUACACUGCCGAUUUUGCAGGUUUUCCUACUUACAAAGCAUGUAGAGGUCUGUAAUUUUUAUCAUAGGUACACUUCAACUGUGAGAGACAGAAUCUAAAACAAAAAUCCAGAAAAUCACAUUGUAUGAUUUUUAAGUAAUUAAUUUGCAUUUUAUUGCAUGACAUAAGUAUUUGAUCACCUACCAACCAGUAAGAAUUCCGGCUCUCACAGACCUGUUCGUUUUUCUAUAAGAAGCCCUCCUGUUCUCCACUCAUUACCAGUAUUAACUGCACCUGUUUGAACUCGUUACCUGUAUAAAAAGACACCCGUCCACACACUCAAUAAAACAGACUUCAACCUCUCCACAAUGGCCAAGACCAGAGAGCUGUGUAAGGACAUCAGGGAUAACAUUGUAGACCUGCACAAGGCUGGGAUGGGCUACAGGACAAUAGGCAAGCAGCUUGGUGAGAAGUUAACAACUGUUGGUGCAAUUAUUAGAAAAUGGAAGAAGUUCAAGAUGACGGUCAAUCACCCACGGUCUGGGGCUCCAUGCAAGAUCUCACCUCGUGGGGCAUUAAUGAUCAUGAGGAAGGUGAGGGAUCAGCCCAGAACUACAUGGCAGGACCUGGUCAAUGACCUGAAGAGAGCUGGGACCACAGUCUCAAAGAAAACCAUUAGUAACACACUACGCCAUCAUGGAUUAAAAUCCUGCAGCGCACGCAAGGUCCCCCUGCUCAAGCCAGCGCAUGUCCAGGCCCGUCUGAAGUUUGCCAAUGACCAUCUGGAUGAUCCAAAGGAGGAAUGGGAGAAGGUUAUGAGGUGUGAUGAGACAAAAAUAGAGCUUUUUGGUCUAAACUCCACUCGUCGUGUUUGGAGGAAGAAGAAGGAUGAGUACAACCCCAAGAACACCAUCCCAACCGUGAAGCAUGGAGGUGGAAACAUCAUUCUUUGUGGAUGCUUUUCUGCAAAGGGGACAGGACGACUGCACCGUAUUGAGGGGAGGAUGGAUGGGGCCAUGUAUCGCGAGAUCUUGGCCAACAACCUCCUUCCCUCAGUAAGAGCAUUGAAGAUGGGUCGUGGCUGGGUCUUCCAGCAUGACAACGACCCGAAACACACAGCCAGGGCAACUAAGGAGUGGCUCCGUAAGAAGCAUCACAAGGUCCUGGAGUGGCCUAGCCAGUCUCCAGACCUGAACCCAAUAGAAAAUCUUUGGAGGGAGCUGAAAGUCCGUAUUGCCCAGCAACAGCCCCGAAACCUGAAGGAUCUGGAGAAGGUCUGUAUGGAGGAGUGGGCCAAAAUCCCUGCUGCAAUGUGUGCAAACCUGGUCAAGACCUACAGGAAACGUAUGAUCUCUGUAAUUGCAAACAAAGGUUUCUGUACCAAAUAUUAAGUUCUGCUUUUCUGAUGUAUCAAAUACUUAUGUCAUGCAAUAACAUGCAAAUUAAAUACUUAAAAAUUAUACAAUGUGAUUUUGUUACAGACCUCUACAUGCUUUGUAAGUAGGAAAACCUGCAAAAUCGGCAGUGUAUCAAAUACUUGUUCUCCCCACUGUAUAUAUCUCUUUACCUGUCUACAGUCCAUAGCACCAGCCCUCAAGUCAUCUCCACCUCCUCCAAAACCUUUGCAGCUUCCUCCAGCGAGGUAUUGAUGUAAAAAAGUUGAAAAGGGUUUUCAUGCAACAUGCUCUGUCAAACACUACUUUUUCUCAAACUGCAGCACAGAAAAGGAAGAGAAAAGCUCCACCGGUCACGUCUGUCACGCCACCCAUGGCACCACUCUCGGGUACUUCAUAAGCUGUUUUUCUCUCUCUCUCAGUUGUAUCAAUUACUAUUGUUGUUGAAGAACUUCUACAUUUUGAAAACCAUAUUAAUAAAUUUGUAUUAUUAUUUUAUUUUUUAUAAAAGAAGACACCACCUGCUGUGCUCGAUGCGGGGAGCAUGAUCCGCCUGCAAGCUCCCCUCAGGAGUGUAGAUCCGAGGUGCCAUGGGUGUGCUGUGACUUCUGUCUGCACUGGUUCCACUGUAGGUGUGUGAAGUGGGAUCAAGAGCUAGCGGCGGAGCUGGAUUUUUAUUGUGAUUUUUGUGACAAAAUAUGGAUGGAGGUCGAGUUUUAAUUGUUUGUUUUGUUUAUGUUCAUAUGAAAUUAUUUAUUUGUACAAAAAAAGUCUAAAAUAUAAUAUAGAUAUAUUUAUUCAAUCCAUCUUGUGUAUUUCUUCCUUUACUUUCCAAGUGCACCUCUGCAACGCAAGCUCCAACAGUGUUUUCAUUGUUUAUGUCAAUGCACAUAACUGAAAUUAACGUUUUAUUUGAUGUAAAUUAUUAACACUCAUAUUUUAGUAUUCAACUGUUAUCUACUUUCUCAAAACAUAACAUUAAUCUGUAAAACAAAUUAUUUGGUUACAACACUGAAUAUGUUGGUGAAGAACCAUUUUUUAAGAGUCCACAGGAGGGUGCACCGGGCUACGCAAUGAAAAGUUGACAGGCAAGUCAUUAUUUUUUACCGGAAGGCUAGCCAACUAGGCAACUAUAAAAAAAUAAAAUUAAAAUAAAAUAAUUAGUCAUUUUGCAGACGCUCUUAUCCAGAGCGACUUACAGGAGCAAUUAGGGUUAAGUGCCUUGCUCAAGGGCACAUCGACAGAUUUUUCACCUAGUCGGCUCGGGGAUUAGAACCAGCGACCUUUCGGUUACUGGCACAACACUCUUAACCACUAAGCUAUCUGCCGCCUAUCUAUCUAGUAAACACUUCGGGUACGUGGUUGGUGUCUCUUUUUUGAACAAAAUUCAACAGAUAUAUCUUGUAAUUGAACAAAAUAGUAAGGUGGCCAAUAACUGGGGACCGUAUGCCGAUAAUACGGGAUGUAUUUAUUUGCUAAACCGCUUAUCAAAAAGCUGAUAAUAGUAGUAUUUCCACUGAAAUGUCAAACAUGCUAAUUGCUAACCCGUUAGCUAACAUUUUUACGACACCAAUAAUCACAUAACAUUGAUGGCUUGAUCAGAAGAUAACACUGUUGAAGGUAAUAUAUUUCUUAAACGCUGUUGAAUAUGCCGAUAAUACGGGGUUCCACGCUAAUAUGGUGACAACGAUGUAGGCUGUGUAGCGGUUAGUGGUUAUGGUAUGAAUGUUUGACUUGGAGAGGUUUUUGCGCCUGGUCACAGACAGCUGUUGUAUUGUGCACUGAAGUCCACAAGCAAAGGGGAAAGCUGAGAGCAGGAGAGUGCGUAGAUGCGAUAAGGAGUUAUACAAGGAGCAAAGUAAUGAUGCUGUGUGUGGCUGCUAUGAAGGUGAACUGUGUGUAUGGGUGAUCAUUCCACUGAUUCUGUUGGAAAAUAUUUCUUAGUCGGAAGCAAUCAGAACGAAACGGAGAGAGACCUACCUGAAUUUUUCCAAUAGAAACUCUUGUUUUGCAACUGUUUGGACUUAAUGAUUACACCCCAGAUCAGCUAGAUGCAGGCAAGAGUGUGCAAGGCAGUACUGAAUGUGUUACUGUGUCACCUUGACUUCUCCAAUUCGUCUAAGCCCUUGGUUCGCGAUAUCUACUAAGCUAACAUAUGGAAUUGUUUUAAGAUGGUCAUUCAAUGGAUCAUUUCGCUAUUUAAUUUAGAAUUUUAGGUCACCUACAGGUAUUCAAUUUUUUAAAUAUAUAUUAUUCAUUAAUGAAUAAAUGGCAAAACAGACAGUCAAAAAAUCUAUCAUAAAGAAUACGGUUUUGAAGUGUCUGUCCUACAUCUAGGAGAUAUAGGGAAACUAUUUUUUUUACACCAAUUUAGUCACUUUGGUUAUGGCACUUUUUACACCCUAUUCACUUUUGUGACAUUUUUUCUUACAUUCCAACAACUCCCCUGAAGCUUGCAUAACGCAAAACAAUUGAGUGCUGAAUGUUCGUGAGAGUCUUACCUGUCGAUGUUGGUAGCUCAAAUGGUUCGGCCAGGGCCGAAUGGUUCGGUUUUAUGAGAAGAAGUCUUCGAAAUUAGGACAUGGGCGUCUGAAAGUUCAGACAACUGCUGUAAAGCUUGUGGAUGUCGUAGACACUGUCGUGUUUGUGAAUGUCUCCUUUGAUGAUGGGGUCGUUUGAGUUGCUAGCUCAAACAGUUCGGAUUUUUCAAACUAUUUCGUGACGAUUUUCUUGUCCGGAUCUUCCGUAUAGAAAACACUGCUUUCAAAAAGCCCCAUGUUAUGGAAUAUGGGCAGAAAGAGGGAAUUGAGCUGCAGCCACUGCAAUAAACGGUAAGCCUCUAGCAUAAACACACACGGACCUACUCAGUAUUCAAAAUGAUGCCACAUGUGACACACGGGCGCGUCAAUCGACUCUAGGUGGUUCUAGGUUGUAGCAACCACAUGAUGAGUAUAGGGCAAAUUCGAGUAUCAUUUAGUAGCCUAAACCUAUCGAUGUUACAUUGAUCUGGGCGAAUGGAAUAUGAAUGACAUUCAUCCAAUAUGCUGUAAUAGAAAUAAGGCCAUGCUAAAAAAAUAUUAUCUUCCUCCCUAAUCUUGAACGGCAGUAACCGCCACACACAGACACACACACACACAUACACCUUAAAGCCUUACGUCACAUUUAUAGAUCACAAACAGCAACCCUGUAUCAAUAUGGGAUAAUAAUGAUGACAGAACCCUGUGAGUUUGUGUUUAGAAUUUUGUGGUCACAUUGAGAUUAGUGGUUGCAAAUACGAUUUGCAAAUGUGUAAUUUAAUUUCGCAAGCUUGUGUCAUGGUGUGAUUUUUUUUUACAACAGUCACAAACUUGUAACUUGACAUUUCAAUACAUUCAUUAAGAUUUGCAAGCAUAAUUUAUUUUCCAAAUUAUUACAAGUCCAUUUACGACUAUAAAUAGUCUGCUGGGAAUCAAAAACACACUUUCAUAUUUUUUAUCUGCGCAUACUCUGAAUUUUGUCACUGUUGUCACGUUACCAAGAGAUGUUUAAGCUUGUAGAAAGUUCUGUAAAUUUCUAGAAAGAGAUUCUGAAUUUAUUCAAAUGUCAAGUCACACGUUUGCAACCCUUGUUACAUUUUUCACACAUUAUGAUACAAGCUUUCGAAAAAAAAAUGUGUACUUGCAACAACGAAUCUCAAUGUGUGACUAUGAAAUUCUAAAUACAACUCACAGGGUUCUGUCAUUAUUAUUAUCCCAGACAUCAAAUACAGAUCCAAUGUGAAUCCAUUGUCCUGCCUUUCACAAAAUAAUACGUCAUCAAACCACUAAACCACUCACAAAUCACAAGCAGGGACGUAACCACAUAUGAGGACACAGAGGUCCGGACAUCUGUCAUUUUGUGUAAUAAAAAAUUAUGACACAAUAAAGAAAAUCUAAUACCAAUCAAAUCCUAUUUGAUUCAUCACAUUCGCCUUACCUUGAAAUGCUUACUUAAAAGCCCUUAACCAACAAUGCAGUUCAAGAAAUAGAGUUAAGAAAAUAUUAAAUAAAAAAGUAACACAAUAACAUUACAUAACAAUAACGAGGCUAUAUACAGGGGGUACCGGCACCUAGUCAAUGUGCAGGUUGGUUGAGGACUUGUGGUCCUCUGUAGCUCAGCUGGUAGAGCACGGCGCUUGUAACGCCAAGGUAGUGGGUUCGAUCCCCGGGACCACCCAUACACAAAAAUGUAUGCACGCAUGACUGUAAGUCGCUUUGGAUAAAAGCGUCUGCUAAAUGGCAUAUUAUUAUUAUUAUUAUAUUACUAUGCAUAGAUAAUAAACAGCAUGUAGCAGCAGUGUAAAAACAAAGGGGAGUGGGGGGGGGUCAAUGUAAAUAGUCCGGGUGGCCAUUUGAUUAAUUGUUCAGCAGACUUAUGGCUGUUAAGGAGCCUUUUGGACCUAGACUUGCCACACCGGUACCGCUUGCCGUGCGGUAGCUGAGAGAACUGUCUAUGACUUGGGUGACUGGAGUCUUUGACCAUUUUUUGGGCCUUCCUCUGACACUGCCUACUAUGUAGGUCCCGGAUGGCAGGAAGCUUGACCCCAGUGAUGUACUGGGCCGUACGCACUACACUCUGUAGCGCCUUACGGUCAGAUGCCGAGCAGUUGCCUACCAGGCGGUGAUGCAACCGGUCAGGAUGCUCUCGAUGGUGCAGCUGUAUAACUUUUUGAGGAUCUGGGGACCCAUGCCAAAUCUUUUCAGUCUCCUGAGGGGGAAAAGUUGUUGUCGUACCCUCUUCACAAUUGUGUUUGGACCAUGAUAUGUGUGUUGGUGAUGUGGACACCAAGGAACUUGAAACUCUCGACCCGCUCCACUACAGACCCGUUGUUGUCAAUGGGGGCCUGUUCGGCCCUCCUUUUCCUAUAAUCCACCAUCAACUUCUUGAUCUUGCUCACAUUGAGGGAGAGGUUGUUGUCCUGGCACCACAAUGCCAGGUCUCUGACCUCCUCCCUAUAGGCUGUCUCAUCAUUGUCGGUGAUCAGGCCUACCACUGUUGUGUCGUCAGCAAAUGUAAUGAUGGUGUUAGAGUCGUGCUUGGCCACGCAAUCGUGGGUGAACAGGGAGUACAGGAGGGGACUAAGCACGCACCCCUGAGGGGCCCCAGUGUUGAGGAUCAGCGUGGCAGAUGUGUUGUUGCCUAUCUUUACCACCUGGGGGCAGCCCGUCAGGAAGUCCAGGAUGCAGUUGCAGAGGGAGGUGUUUAGUCCCAGGGUCCUUAGCUUAGUGAUGAGCUUUGUGGGCACUACGGUGUUGAACGCUGAGCUGUAGUCAAUGAAACAGCAUUCUCACAUAGGUGUUCCUUUUUGUCCAGGUGGGAAAGGGCAGUGUGGAGUGCGAUUGAGAUUGUGUCAUCUGUGGGUGGUAUGCGAAUUAGGGUGGGUCUAUGGUUUCCGGCAUGAUGGUGUUGAUGUGAGCCAUGACCAGCCUUUCAAAGCACUUCAUGGUUUGUGCUUUCAGUGGUCGACCGUCCAACUGCUCCAACUGGAGAAGAUUGUUGGCUUCCACCGAGGUAACCCUAGGAAGACAAAGAGAACAAUAUCAGUGUUAGGGAAACUAAAACUAGCUUCAGGUUAUUUUGUGUGCAGAUGCAAAUAGUUAUUACAGUGGGGGAAAAAAGUAUUUAGUCAGCCACCAAUUGUGCAAGUUCUCCCACUUAAAAAGAUGAGAGAGGCCUGUAAUUUUCAUCAUAGGUACACGUUAACUAUGACAGACAAAAUGAGGGAAAAAAAUCCAGAAAAUCACAUUGUAGGAUUUUUAAUGAAUUUAUUUGCAAAUUAUCGUGGAAAAUAAGUAUUUGGUCAAUAACAAAAGUUACUCAAUACUUUGUUAUAUACCCUUUGUUGGCAAUGACACAGGUCAAACGUUUUCUGUAAGUCUUCACAAGGUUUUCACACACUGUUGCUGGUAUUUUGGCCCAUUCCUCCAUGCAGAUCUCCUCUAGAGCAGUGAUGUUUUAGGGCUGUUGCUGGGCAACACAGACUUUCAACUCCCUCCAAAGAUUUUCUAUGGGGUUGAGUUCUGGAGACUGGCUAGGCCACUCCAGGACCUUGAAAUGCUUCUUACGAAGCCACUCCUUCGUUGCCUGGGCGGUGUGUUUGGGAUCAUUGUCAUGCUGAAAGACCCAGCCACGUUUCAUCUUCAAUGCCCUUGCUGAUGGAAGGAGGUUUUCACUCAAAAUCUCACGAUACAUGGCCCCAUUCAUUCUUUCCUUUACACGGAUCAGUCGUCCUGGUCCCUUUGCAGAAAAACAGCCCCAAAGCAUGAUGUUUCCACCCCCAUGCUUCACAGUAGGUAUGGUGUUCUUUGGAUGCAACUCAGCAUUAUUUGUCCUCCAAACACGACGAGUUGAGUUUUUACCCAAAAAUUAUAUUUUGGUUUCAUCUGACCAUAUGACAUUCUCCCAAUCCUCUUCUGGAUCAUCCAAAUGCACUCUAGCAAUCUUCAGACGGGCCUGGACAUGUACUGGCUUAAGCAGGGGGACACGUCUGUCACUGCAGGAUUUGAGUCCCUGGCGGCGUAGUGUGUUACUGAUGGUAGGCUUUGUUACUUUGGUCCCAGCUCUCUGCAGGUCAUUCACUAGGUCCCCCCGUGUGGUUCUGGGAUUUUUGCUCAUCGUUCUUGUGAUCAUUUUGACCCCACGAGGUGAGAUCUUGCGUGGAGCCCCAGAUCGAGGGAGAUUAUCAGUGGUCUUGUAUGUCUUCCAUUUCCUAAUAAUUGCUCCCACAGUUGAUUUCUUCAAACCAAGCUGCUUACCUAUUGCAGAUUCAGUCUUCCCAGCCUGGUGCAGGUCUACAAUUUUGAUUCUGGUGUCCUUUGACAGCUCUUUGGUCUUGGCCAUAGUGGAGUUUGGAGUGUGACUGUUUGAGGUUGUGGACAGGUGUCUUUUAUACUGAUAACAAGUUCAAACAGGUGCCAUUAAUACAGGUAACGAGUGGAGGACAGAGGAGCCUCUAAAAGAAGAAGUUACAGGUCUGUGAGAGCCAGAAAUCUUGCUUGUUUGUAGGUGACCAAAUACUUAUUUUCCACCAUAAUUUGCAAAUAAAUUCAUUAAAAAUCCUAAAAUGUGAUUUUCUGGAUUUUUUUCUCUCAAUUUGUCUGUCAUAGUUGACGUGUACCUAUGAUGAAAAUUACAGGCCUCUCUCAUCUUUUUAAGUGGGAGAACUUGCACAAUUGGUGGCUGACUAAAUACUUUUUUCCCCACUGUAUCUGAGAUGUUUUCUAUUCACCUUAACAGAUGGUGACCCCAGCUAGGAGCGAAAGAGCAGCGAGGUUUCCUAGGUCUCGCCUUCCUUUCGUCCUUCUUCCAAACCAAGUAAUUUGCCUGGAUGUUGUAGCACUUGGUCCCCUUCAUGAUUCUGCUCUGGUAGCUCUUCUUCUGUUUCUCCUGCGCCUUGUCAAUGUUCAGUCUCACCAUGAUUGAUAAUAGGAAUAAAUGCAAUUAUAUUUCAUAUUACAAAUACAUUUCUUACAUAUCUCUUGGAGGGCCAGAAAACAUAUUAACAGCAGGCAAUCAUUUUUACCUUGUCAAAAACCUCCACAUCCUUCUCAGUCCAUGACUUCAGGUGGUCCUCGAAGGCGUUCUGAUCUGGUUUGACAACUUCCACCAGAUCAGGUGGGGUUUCAGUGAUCUGAAAGAAGUGUUAUACAAAAAUAGCAAUAGACAAACAACAACACUAAGUCAAUCACAAAUUUGAAAAACUACAGUAUAUGCAAUAAUUCUAUAUACAAUUGCAUCGUUUACCUCAGUCAACAGCUGCGGCUCCUGUCCGUACUCGGUGGAGGCCUGAAUAAUAUAAUAAUAAUAUGCCAUUUAGCAGACGCUUUUAUCCAAAGCGACUUACAGUCAUUCGUGCAUACAUUUUUUUUGUGUAUGGGUGGUCCCGGGGAUCGAACCCACUACCUUGGCGUUACAAGCGCCGUGCUCUACCAGCUGAGCUACAGAGGACCACUCUGAAUGCUGCUGUUGUGUGCAAAGAGGAUUACCUUCAGGUUGUUCUCCCACCCUUCCUGUUACCAGUCAAGGGACUUGCCCAUGGCAGUCUUGAGGGUCUGGUUGGUCCAUUCACCAAACCUGGAGGAGGGGGUAGGAAAGUGACGUCUCUUGACAAUGUAAGAAAGUCAAAAGUUUGGACACACCUACUCAUUCCAGGGUUUUUCUUUAUUUUUACUAUUUUCUACAUUGUAGAAUAAUAGUGAAGACAUCGAAACUAUGAAAUAACACAUGUGGAAUCAUGUUGUAACCAAAAAAUGUGCCUUGAUGACAGCUUUGCACACUUUUGGCAUUCUCUCAACCAACUUCAUGAGGGAGUCACCUGGAAUGCACUUCAAAUAACAGGUGUGCCUUGUUAAAAGUUAAUUUGUGGAAUUUCUUUCCUUCACAAUGAGCCAAUCAGUUGUGUUGUGACAAGGUGGUAUACAGAAGAUAGCCCUAUUUGGUAAAAGACCAAGUCCAUAUUAUGGCAAGAACAGCUCAAAUAAGCAAAGAGAAAUGACAGUCCAAUUUCAAUAACUUUUAAAGUUUCUUCAAGUGCAGUCGCAAAAACCAUCAAGCGCUGUGAUGAAAGUGGCUCUCAUAAGGACCGCCACAGGAAAGGAAAACCCAGAGUUACCUCUGCUGCAGAGGAUAAGUUCAUUAGAGUUCACUACACCUCAGGUUGCAGCACAAGUAAAUGCUUCACAGAGUUCAGGUCACAGACCCAUCUCAACAUCAACUGUUCAGAAGAGACUGCGUGAAUCAGGCCUUCAUGGUCGAAUUGCUUCAAAGAAACCACUGCUAAAGGACACCAAGAAGAAGAAGAGACUGGCUUGGGCCAAGAAAUACAAGCAAUGGACAUUAGACCGGUGAAAAUCUGUCUUUUGGUCUGAAAUUUGAGAUUGUUGGUUCCAACUGCCGUGUCUUUGUGAGACGCAGAGUAGGUGAACGGAUGAUCUCCGCAGGUAGGAGGAGUUGUGAUGGUGUGGGGCUGCUUUGCUGGUGACACUGUCUGUGAUUUAUUUAGAAUUCAAGGCACACUUAACCAGCAUGGCUACCACAGCAUUCUGCAGCGAUAAGCCAUCCCAUCUGUUUUGCGCUUAGUGGGACUAUCAUUUGUUUUUCAACAGAACAAUGACCAAAACGACACCUCCAGUCUGUGUAAGGACUAUUUGACCAAGGAGAGUGAUAUAGUGCUGCAUCAGAUGGCCUGGCCUCCACAAUCCCCCGACCUCAACCCAACUGAGAUGGUUUGGGAUGAGUUAGACCACAGAGUGAAGGAAAAGCAGCCAACAAGUGCUCAGCAUGUGUGAGAACUCCUUCAAGACUGUUGGAAAAGCAUUCCUCAUGAAGCUGGUUGAGAGGGACUUUUAUUUUAUUCAGUGUACACAGUAAAAAUUAUGGUCACACUCAACUCUGGUUAUUAACACCAAAACUGGGGUUAUUUUACACCACUGAGUAUUAAGUUAAUUUAACUCUUGAAUCAACACUAGAAAUGUUACACUGAAAAAUCAACACUAGGUAAAACUGGAUAAUUUGUUCUGGUCAGCAUACCCUGUAGUUCGUAGAGUUGAUCUGUUAGAAUAGAUACUUCAGAUGUACCAGCGGUUGUCUGAGAGGGAUUGUCCCUCCCAACUCGUGGCUUUAGUGAAAGUUCUCUAGACGACUAAACAUGCCAGCUGCAGACUGAGAUGAUAAGGUCUAGUGCAUUGUCUUCUUCUUCACCUCGUGUAGAGGUUGAGAGUUUCAGAGUGCCUCCAUUUCAAACGUGUGGACUAACAUCUCACGUUUUCUGGUCUUUCUGGUCUAACCAUUUUGUAACAUGUAGCUUCAGCUUCACGCUUCCUGGUCUGGUAGAAAUUCAACCAUUUACAACAUCCAGCUUAUACUGUAAUCUGCUUGGUCUUGUAGAAAUUCAACCAUUUGCAACAUCCGGCUUAUACCGUGGUAUGCUUGGUCUGAUGUGAAUUUCGUCAGGAGGGUUUUAUACUUGAGUAGAAAAGGGGGUGUUUCAUCAUGUUUGUGCUCAUCUGGGCGUGGUCACUGACUGAGAACAAAUCAAUAUGGAAACAAUAAUCUCAUCUAGAAUGCUAAAAUCACAUUGUUAUCGUCCCCCACCCAGAGAUACAGUUAUGUUGUUCUACCGUCUUUAAUGACAUCACAACAUAGUAACGAAUUUGACAUGAUCUUUAAGUCCCCACCGAGCAUUUCCCACAUUCUUUUAAGUAGGAAUAUUGUUUUUUUUAUCCACUUUUGGAUGUUGGAGUCUUGGCGGGAAGUCGUCCUUUGUCUCACAGGGAAAUUCCCUCUCCCAAUACUGCAUGGCACGAAAAAUAAAGUUUCUGCAAGGAAUUUACGACCGGUCAUAAAACUGGCCCCCAGGAAAGGGGGUGUUCAAACCUUUGCCUAGCCGGCAUCUUUGAUCCUCAGCCCAUUAGAGCAAGUCAUGACAACUGUAUACAGUGGGGGAAAAAAGUAUUUAGUCAGCCACCAAUUGUGCAAGUUCUCCCACUUAAAAAGAUGAGAGAGGCCUGUAAUUUUCAUCAUAGGUACACGUCAACUAUGACAGACAAAAUGAGAAAAAAAAAUCCAGAAAAUCACAUUGUAGGAAUUGUAAUGUAUUUAUUUGCAAAUUAUGGUGGAAAAUAAGUAUUUGGUCAAUAACAAAAGUUCCUCAAUACUUUGUUAUAUACCCUUUGUUGGCAAGGACACAGGUCAAAUGUUUUCUGUAAGUCUUCACAAGGUUUUCACACACUGUUGCUGGUAUUUUGGCCCAUUCCUCCAUGCAGAUCUCCUCUAGAGCAGUGAUGUUUUGGGGCUGUCGCUGGGCAACACGGACUUUCAACUCCCUCCAAAUAUUUUCUAUGGGGUUGAGAUCUGGAGACUGGCUAAGCCACUCCAGGACCUUGAAAUGCUUCUUACGAAGCCACUCCUUCGUUGCCCGGGCGGUGUGUUUGGGAUCAUUGUCAUGCUGAAAGACCCAGCCAUGUUUCAUCUUCAAUGCCCUUGCUGAUGGAAGGAGGUUUUCACUCUCACGAUACCUGGCCCCAUUCAUUCUUUCCUUUACACGGAUCAGUCGUCCUGGUCCCUUUGCAGAAAAACAGCCCCAAAGCAUGAUGUUUCCACCCCCAUGCUUCACAGUAGGUAUGGUGCUCUUUGGAUGCAACUCAGCAUUCUUUGUCCUCCAAACACAACGAAUUGAGUUUUUACCAAAAAGUUCUAUUUUGGUUUCAUCUGACCAUAUGACAUUCUCCCAAUCCUCUUCUGGAUCAUCCAAAUGCACUCUAGCAAACUUCAGACGGGCCUGGACAUGUACUGGCUUAAGCAGGGGGACACAUCUGGCACUGCAGGAUUUGAGUCCCUGGCGGCGUAGUGUGUUACUGAUGGUAGGCUUUGUUACUUUGGUCCCAGUUCUCUGCAGGUCAUUCACUAGGUCCCCCCGUGUGGUUCUGGGAUUUGUGCUCAUCGUUCUUGUGAUCAUUUUGACCCCACGGGGUGAGAUCUUGCGUGGAGCCCCAGAUCGAGGGAGAUUAUCAGUGGUCUUGUAUGUCUUCCAUAUCCUAUCCUAAUAAUUGCUCCCACAGUUGAUUUCUUCAAACAAAGCUGCUUACCUAUUGCAGAUUCAGUCUUCCCAGCCUGGUGCAGGUCUACAAUUUUGUUUCUGGUGUCCUUUGACAGCUCUUUGGUCUUGGCCAUAGUGGAGUUUGGAGUGUGACUGUUUGAGGUUGUGGACAGGUGUCUUUUAUACUGAUAACAAGUUCAAACAGGUGCCAUUAAUACAGGUAACGAGUGGAGGACAGAGGAGCCUCUUAAAGAAGAAGUUACAGGUCUGUGAGAGCCAGAAAUCUUGCUUGUUUGUAGGUGACCAAAUACUUUUUUUCCACCAUAAUUUGCAAAUAAAUUCAUUAAAAAUCCUACAAUGUGAUUUUCUGGAAAAAAAAUUCUCAAUUUGUCUGUCAUAGUUGACGUGUACCUAUGAUGAAAAUUACAGGCCUCUCUCAUCUUUUUAAGUGGGAGAACUUGCACAAUUGGUGGCUGACUAAAUACUUUUUUCCCCCACUGUAUGUAAAAUGAUUAUGGGAAUACCAGAUACAUGCACAAAUAUUCCCAUAUAGGUAUAGUGAAAAACAUUCUCACACCAAUCUGCCUACUUGGGCUUGCAGCCUCCACCAACACUAAUUUAAUGUGAGUGUUUCAGAGACGCAAUCUGAAGGCUACUGAUCCUGUCAAUUGGCUCAUUCAUCCCCCCCUCCUCUCCCCUGUAACUAUUCCCCAGGUCGUUGCUGUAAAUGAGAAUUUGUUCUCAGUCAACUUACCUGGUAAAAUCAGUCUUCAAUAAAAUGUUUAAAAAUAAUAAUAAUAAUUAAGCAGUCCCACACAUCCCGAUAUUUUCAAACGUGUUUAAUUUUAUCGGCACAUCUGCAAUGCUCUUGUAGUGGGUGAUGUGCAAUGACAAGUUUUGAGAAUGGUGAUCAGCAAUAGCUAAUGAGUGCUCGUGACAAAACCAGACGGAAGAGGUGGAAGCUACAGUGGGGGAAAAAAGUAUUUAGUCAGCCACAAAUUGUGCAAGUUCUCCCACUUAAAAAUAUGAGAGAGGCCUGUAAUUUUCAUCAUAGGUACACGUCAACUAUGACAGACAAAUUGAGAUUUUCUUUCUCCAGAAAAUCACAUUGUUGGAUUUGUUAUGAAUUUAUUUGCAAAUUAUGGUGGAAAAUAGGUAUUUGGUCACCUACAAACAAGCAAGAUUUCUGGCUCUCACAGACCUGUUUUUUAAGAGGCUCCUCUGUCCUCCACUCAUUACCUGUAUUAAUGGCACCUGUUUGAACUUGUUAUCAGUAUAAAAGACACCAGUCCACAACCUCAAACAGUCAAACUCCAAACUCCACUAUGGCCAAGACCAAAGAGCUGUCAAAGGACACCAGAAACAAAAUUGUAGACCUGCACCAGGCUGGGAAGACUGAAUCUGCAAUAGGUAAGCAGCUUGGUUUGAAGAGAUCAACUGUGGGAGCAAUUAUUAGGAAAUGGAAGACAUACAAGACCACUGAUAAUCUCCCUCGAUCUGGGGCUCCACGCAAGAUCUCACCCCGUGGGGUCAAAAUGAUCACAAGAACGGUGAGCAAAAAUCCCAGAACCACACAGGGGGACCUAGUGAAUGACCUGCAGAGAGCUGGGACCAAAGUAACAAAGCCUACCAUCAGUAACACACUACGCCGCCAGGGACUCAAAUCCUGCAGUGCCAGACGUGUCCCCCUGCUUAAGCCAGUAAAUGUCCAGGCCCAUCUGAAGUUUGCUAGAGUACAUUUGGAUGAUCCAGAAGAGGAUUGGGAGAAUGUCAUAUGGUCAGAUGAAACCAAAAUAGAACUUUUUGGUAAAAACUCAACUCGUCGUGUUUGGAGGACAAAGAAUGCUGAGUUGCAUCCAAAGAACACCAUACCUACUGUGAAGCAUGGGGGUGGAAACAUCAUGCUUGGGGGCUGUUUUUCUGCAAAGGGACCAGGACGACUGAUCCGUGUAAAGGAAAGAAUGAAUGGGGCCAGGUAUCGGGAGAUUUUGAGUGAAAACCUCCUUCCUUCAGCAAGGGCAUUGAAGAUGAAACAUGGCUGGGUCUUUCAGCAUGACAAUGAUCCCAAACACACCGCCCGGGCAACGAAGGAGUGGCUUCGUAAAAAGCAUUUCAAGGUCCUGGAGUGGCCUAGCCAGUCUCCAGAUCUCAACCCCAUAGAAAAUCUUUGGAGGGAGUUGAAAGUCCGUGUUACCCAGCGACAGCCCCAAAACAUCACUGCUCUAGAGGAGAUCUGCAUGGAGGAAUGGGCCAAAAUACCAGCAACAGUGUGUGAAAACCUUGUGAAGACUUACAGAAAACGUUUGACCUGUGUCAUUGUCAACAAAGGUUAUAUAGCAAAGUAUUGAGAAACUUUUGUUAUUAACCAAAUACUUAUUUUCCACCAUAAUUUGCAAAUAAAUUCAUAAAGAAUCCUACAAUGUGAUUUUCUGGAAAAAUUCUUCUCAUUUUGUCUGUCAUAGUUGACGUGUACCUAUGAGGAAAAUUACAGGCCUCCCUCAGCUUUUUAAGUGGGAGAACUUGCACAAUUGGUGGCUGACUAAAUACUUUUUUUCCCCACUGUAGCUAGCGUAACAUUAAAACAAUAACAAAAAAAAACAUGGCUUCAAAGAAAAGAGCUGGGAGUUAUGUCGACACAAGCGAUGGAAUGGAGGCUAUUGGAACUUUGGCAAGAUCAUGAGUGCCUUUUCGAUGUCUCUUCUGAGUUUUACCACAACCGGACUGAAAAAAGAGAGAGAGCUGGAGAGACAUUGCCACUGCUCUUCAACAACCAGGUGAGCAAAAUAGCUUGAUAACUAGGUUGCUUUCUAUUUUAUUUUGACUACUUUAUGCCAUGCAAAAGAACAGCCUGUCAAAUAGGAAACUUUCAGGCAUUUUAAUAACUUUGUAAAGUAUGUAGUUAGCUAAAGGCUUUAAUGUCAUGGUCAUUGAAACUCUUAAAAUGGGCCAUAUAAAUAGUUAAAUUAAAAUGUGUGUGCCCCAAUUGCCCACUCUUCGCCUUGAAUUGAGCACUUAACAACACAGAGGGAACAUAAUAGGAAACGGAAAAUGUUCAUGCAUGCUAAUCAGUUAACCAUACCUUUGGUAGUUUUGUUUUUGUUUGUUUGUUUUUUGUUGAGGAGGUCUUUGAGGACACAGUACACACGAUUGCUAUCACCAAAGCCAAGUGGGAGCUGGAACAAAGAUUUAUAGGUGUAUAGGUGAAGGCAGAGCACAAUGUAGCGCUAUUAGAGCUAAAUAUCCUGAAUCAGAUAAUUAUAUUGCCAUGCAACAAUAAUUUAUAGGAAUUUGUGUUGGUGCUACAGCAUAACAACAACACAAUAACAACAUUUCAUUUUUUUUAUUCUAUAGAAUGGGCCCAUAACAUGGCAAGCCAAAUAAUGUCAUGGAUUUUGGUCCUUUACUUUUUAUUGGUUAUGUGAGUGAUAUUAGGACAUACUACAUGCACUGUAUGAAAAACAUAAAUUAGUAGACUAGCUAGCUGUGUUGAUUGGGCAUUAUUUACCUCCAACUCUCUCUGCAGAACAAACAACCCAAACUGUCCUCGUCUCCCCAACCACGGCUUCACCCAAAUUCGGCGUCUUCUUCUUGUGUUUCCAGCUGCUGUUCGCUGUCAAGCUCCAUCUUUGUUUUGCCACUGUCCGGCUUGUGACAAACUCAUGUUACGUUUUCGUGCGACAGCGUGGUAUCGAGAAUCCUCAUAACCAAGUGAAGAAUCUUGUAGUGUGUGACAUUCUGUCUGUGACAGACCAUUUAGUGUGUGCACCGCUAUAUUGGCAAGACGAAAAACUACAGGAAAGACAGUCGUUUCAACUUUGAAAGUCGUGUAGUGUCCACCCGGGUUUAGAAGGGUUCUAUGUAGAACCCUUCUUGCCUUCCAAAGAAUCCUUCUUGCCUUCCAAACAAUCAUCAAAUAACAAUUUCUUCCAAAAGCGGUUCUUAGGAUGAAAAAGGUUCUAGGUAGAACUCUUUGUCUUACAAAGAACCCUUGUCUUACAAAAAUGUUUUUUUGUCCCUCUGCAAAUAACUCUUUUUGAAACCUUUUUUUCUAAGAGUGUACAGGCCAUACAUACCGACCUUACAUCUAAAACAGGAUUGUACCAUUAGAAUGUUAUUUAUAUGUGGGAUACAAUCUUCCCAGCUCUGCAGAUUUUGCUGCGAAGAGACAGCAUCAUUAGAUCAUUUGUUUUGGUACUGUCCAUUUGUAGCUUGUUUUUGGUCACAGGUCCAGGAAUGGCUGAAGGAUUGCAAUAUUUACCUGGAGCUAACCCUGCUGAUAGCUCUACUAGGUGAUCUGAAAAGUCAUAGUCAAUCGAUCGAUCAAUAAUAUAAUAAUACUUUUAGCAAAAAUGUUUAUUUUCAAUUUAAAAUCUGCAGAAACAAUGAGAAUAGAAGGGUUCAGAACUUUUGUGAAACAUCACAGUGCUUUUGAAAAAUAUAUGGCAAAUAGAAAUCCAAUAUGGAUAGUGUUAAGAGAUAGAUGGGAGGGGUUGAAUGGAGCUGAAGGUUGGGACAAAUAACAACUAAUAACAACAAAAUAACAAAUGUAAAACAUACUGUGUCCAUAAUAAGUAUAUAGGUUACAGGUUGAGAACUUUUGUGAAAGAGCACAGUUUGAAAGAAAUGGCAUAUAGAAGCAAAACAGAUGGACAUCAUGAAAAUGAUCGGAGAGGUUGAGGGUAGAGGAAGUUCAGGAGUAAAAACGAACAAAAUAGAAUUAUUGAAAAUUGACAGUGUCCAUAAAAUGUAUAUAGUAUGGAUAAGCUGGAAGUAGAGGCCUAAGCGUUGUUGUUCACCAAUUAAGGGAGGGGUGGUGGGGUUGGAAAGUAAUUAAGGAAAAUACAUUUUAAAAAAGGAGAUAUAUAUGUAUAUACAGUGCCCUCCACAAUUAUUGGCACCCCUGUUUAAGAUGUGGUCGAGGACUUCCAAAAAUUCUCCUUUUUUUUUAAACAACAUAGAACCCAAAUGCAAAAAAAGAGAAAAAUCCAACCUUUUAUUUAAGUACAUUACUUUGGGGUAAAAAAAAAAUCACACAUUUAGGAAAAAAAUAACUUGAAAUCAUGUGUCCCACAAUUAUUGGCACCCCUGAUGUUAAUACUUUGUACAACCCCCUUUUGCCAACAAGACAGCACUUAAUCUCCUCCUAUAACAUUUCACAAGAUUGGAGAACACAGAGAGAGGGAUCUUUGACCAUUCUUCUUUGCACAAUCUUUCUAGAUCAUCCAGUGUCCUGGGUCCUCUCUUAUGCACUCUCCUCUUUAGCUCGCCCCACAGGUUUUCGAUUGGGUUGAGGUCUGGGGACUGAGAUGGCCAUGGGAGGACCUUGAGUUUGUGACUGCUGAACCAUUUUUGUGUAGAUUUUGCCACAUGUUUUGGAUCAUUAUCCUGCUGAAAGACCCAAUGACGACCCAUCUUCAGCUUUCUGGCAGAGGCCAUCAGUUUUUAUUUAAAAUGUCCUGGUAGUUCAAGGCGUUCAUAAUGCCAUGCACCCUAACAAGGUUCCCAGGGCCUUUGGAAGAGAAACAGGCCCACAGCAUCACAGAUCCUCCACCAUACUUCACGGUGGGCAUGAGGUGCUUUUCGGCAUACACAUCAUUUGUUUUACGCCAGACCCACUUAGAGUGUUUGUUGCCAAAAAGCUCAAUCUUAGUCUCAUCUGACCAAAGCACACGAUCCCAGUUGAAGUCCCAGUGCCGCUUAGCAAACUCCAGACGUUUACGUUUGUGAGUAUUAGUGAGAAAAGGCUUUUUCCUUGCAUGCCUCCCAAACAGCUUGUUGGCAUGUAGAGAGAGUCUGAUGGUUGUUUUGGAGACUUUGUGACCCCAAGAUGCCACUCUUUGAUGCAAUUCUGUGACAGUGAGCUUAGGACUUUUUUUUACUUCUCUUACCAUCCUCCUCACUGUGCGUUGUGGCAAGAUAAACUUGGGACCUCUUCAAACCUUGUUUGUCACUGUUCCAGUUGUUUUAAACUUCUUAAUGAUUCCUCUGACUGUAGAUACGGGCAAGUUAAGGCGAGUGGCUAUUUUCUUGUAGCCAUUGCCUGACUUAUGAAGGUCGACACAAAUCUGCCUUACUUGAAUGGUGUGUUCUCUUGUCUUUGCCAUGUUGACAAAUGGGUAAGAGAAUUAGGCCUCUGUGUCACGUCAUAUUUAUACCCCAGGGAAACAGGAAGUCAUGAAUUACAAAUUAAAAGUUCCUAGAUACCCUGACCAACUUUAGCAACUACAGAAAAAUAUAUUUAAAAAAAAUCAAUUAAAAUUUUCAGCGGAAUUGUUAGGGGUGCCAAUAAUUGUGGGACACAUGAUUUCAAGUUUUUUUUUUCUAAAUGUGUGAUUUUUUUUUUUACCACCAAAGUAAUGUACUUAAAUAAAAGGUUGGAUUUUUAUCUUUUUUGCAUUUGGGUUCUAUGUUGUUUUAAAAAAAAUGAGAAUUUUUGGAAGUCCUCGACCACAUCUUAAACAGGGGUGCCAAUAAUAGUGGAGGGCACUGUAUAUGUAUUUAUAUGUAUGUAAUGUGUAUAUGUAUGUAGAGUUGAAGUCGGAAGUUUACAUACACCUUAGCCAAAUACAUUUAAACUCAGUUUUUCACAAUUCCUGACAUUUAAUCCUAGUAAAAAUUCCCUGUCUUAGGUCAGUUAGGAUCACCACUUUAUUUUAAGAAUGUGAAAUGUCAGAACAAUAGUAGAGAGAAUGAUUUAUUUCAGCUUUUAAUUAUUUCAUGACAUGCCCAGUGGGUCAGAAGUUUACAUACGCUCAAUUAGUAUUUGGUAGCAUUGCCUUUAAAUUGUUUAACUUGGGUUAAACGUUUCGGGUAGCCUUCCACAAGCUUCCCACAAUAAAUUGGGUGAUUGGCCCAUUCCUCCUGACAGAGCUGGUGUAACUGAGUCAGGUUUAUAGGCCUCCUUGCUCGCACACGCUUUUUCAGUUCUGCCCACAAAUGUUCCAUAGGAUUGAGGUCAGGGCUUUGUGAUGGCCACUCCAAUACCUUGACUUUGUUGUCCUUAAGCCAUUUUGCCACAACUUUGGAAGUAUGCUUGGGGUCAUUGUCCAUUUGGAAGACCCAUUUGCGACCAAUCUUAAACUUCCUGGCUGAUGUCUUGAGAUGUUGCUUCAAUAUAUCCACAUAAUUUUCCUUCCUCAUGAUGCAAUCUAUUUUGUGAAGUGCACCAGUCCCUCCUGCAGCAAAGCACCCCGACAGCAUGAUGUCCCCUGUAGCUCAGUUGGUAGAGCAUGGUGCUUGCAACGCCAGGGUUGUGGAAUUGUUUCCCACGGGGGGGCAGUAUGAAAAAUGUAUGCACUCACUAACUGUAAGUCACUCUGGAUAAGAGCGUCUGCUAAAUGACUAAAAUGUCAAAUAUAAUGAUGCUGCCACCCCCGUGCUUCACGGUUGGGAUGGUGUUCUUCGGCUUGCAAGCAACCCCCUUUUUCCUCCAAACAUAAUGAUGGUCAUUAUGGACAAACAGUUAUAUUUUUGUUUCAUCAGACCAGAGGAAAUUUCUCCAAAAAGUGCAAUAUUUGUCCCCAUGUGCAGUUGCAAAUCGUAGUCUGGCUUUUUAAUGGCGGUUUUGGAGCAGUGGCUUCUUUAUUGCUUAGCGGCCUUUCAGAUUAUGUCGAUAUAGGACUCGUUUUACUAUGGAUAUAGAUACGUUUGUACCUGUUUCCUCCAGCAUCUUCAUAAGGUCCUUUGAUGUUGUUCUGGGAUUGAUUUGCACUUUUCGCACCAAAGUACGUUCAUCUCUAGGAGACAGAACGCGUCUCCUUCCUGAGCGGUAUGACGGCUGCGUGGUCCCAUGGUGUUUAUACUUGCGUACUAUUGUUUGUACAGAUGAACGUGGUACCUUCAGGCAUUUGGAAAUUGCUCCCAAUGUUGAACCAGACUUGUGGAGGUCUACCAUUUUUUUCUGAGGUCUUGGCUGAUUUCUUUUGAUUUUCCCAUGAUGUCAAGCAAAGAGGCACUACGUUUGAAGGUAGGCCUUGCGAUACAUCCACAGGUACACCACCAAUUGACUCAAAUGAUGUCAAUUAGCCUAUCAGAAGCUUCUAAAGCCAUGACAUCAUUUUCUGGAAUUUUUCAAGCUGUUUAAAGGCACAGUCAAUUUAGUGUAUGUAAACUUCUGACCCACUGGAAUUGUGAGACAGUGAAUUAUAAGUGAAAUAAUCUGUCUGUAAACAAUUGUUGGAAAAAUUACUUGUGUCAUGCACAAAAGAGAUGUCCUAACCAACUUGCCAAAACUAUAGUUUGUUAACAAGAAAUUUGUGGAGUGGUUGAAAAACGAGUUUUAAUGACUCAAACCUAAGUGUAUGUAAACUUCCGACUUCAACUGUAUAUUUGCGGGAAAAAACAUAUGGGGGAUUGGAAGUGAUGCAGACAAUUACAUUGAUGGAAGUUACAAUCUAUCUGCAAUAUUAAAGCUGAUCUACACCCUAAAAAAUAAUUUAAUAAAUAUUUAAAAAAUAAACGGGAUUGUAACUCAUUUUAGGAUGUUUUAAAACUUCUCAUUAAGUCUACAGUAUAUAAUUUGUGACUGAACAUGAAGAGAAUGUUGACAUUUCCAUGCCCAAGGUAGCUUGGUUUAUAAUGUAGUGAUCACUUGACCUGUGUUUGCAUGAUGUUUGACAGCUAAGACGUGCAGAAUGUGAUACGUUUGUUUAGCUCUGGUGCCCUGGAGUGCGGGAUGAGGGUGGGACAGGGGCGGAACGGGCCGUUUGAUCCGGUUGCGCAGCCUCAGCCUAGAAAAUAAACUCCAACAAACUGGAGUGUACCUGAUUAAGUUCUAUUGAGACCGAAACAUUGGUGAAGAGAUCCAUUAAAUAUGUGGAGCAUAAAGAUCACCAGUGUGCUGUGGUUUCUUUUCUACUCAGCUUACUGUUUUUCUCCAUGCAUCUGGUAGUACGUUAGGCGUGUGAGUUAUACUUUUUAUGUUUAACUAAAUCCGACAUUACAAACCUCUUCCUUUUAGGAACGUGUUCCGGAAGCUUCUGUCCCAUGCAGAGAAAGAAAAGGGUGAUGUCCUCUCUCUGAAGGAGAUCCUGGCCGAGAGCUCGGAGCCCGGUGAGAAGAAACCGCCCCAGACCAUCAGAACACUCCAACGAACAGGAAAGGCCAAACUGAGGGCCCUGAGAGAGGCCAUGUACCAUAGCACUGAACACGGCCAUGUGGACAUCACCAUAGACAUCCGCAGCUUAGGUCAGAGUUAACAUACACACCACCCUGCGCCAAACACAUACUGUAGGUCAAAUACUUUCAAAAACUUCAAGUGCACUAGACUGGUUUGGUACAAUGGAGUGAAUGGAACCUUAAUCAGGUGUACAUCAAGUGCUGGUAGAGCACGGCGCUUGUAACGCCAAGGUAGUGGAUUCAAACCCCGGGACCACCCAUACACAAAAAUGUAUGCACGCAUGACUGUAAGUCGCUUUGGAUAAAAGCGUCUGCUAAAUGGCAUAUUAUUUAUUAUAUUAUUAUUUGAAAGUAUUUGAUGUAUGGAUUUGACCCAGGUCUGAUGCCGCAUUCACGUGGUAGUCAUAACUAGGAAACUCUGAAAUUUCCGAUAUGCUAACUGAUUGUAGUUAUACGUGAGCUGCUUUCAACCAGUUAGCAAGUCGGAAAAUGUAUAGUUUCCUAGUUCCGACUAGCACGUGAACGCGGCAUUACGCAGACAUGCCUCACUGUAGACGCCCACCGCUGGGAGCUGUGUUCAUGCUGCGCACGGCAAUCAUCACCCAUCAAAUCAUCUCACAGAGAAAACUCCUCACAACCACCAUAGAUAUCAGCCACCUGGAACAGUGACCAUUCCAAGCAUGCACCAUAGAUACGAACAUUAAUGCUAGUGCACUGCCAUCAUACAGUAUAGUAGACAUUCACUGAUUAGGUGGGUCCAUGGACUGUACAAGACCACCAAAUAUAUCCACAACCGAGGGCCAAUGCUAAAACUGCACAAUCACCCCAUAUCCAUCACAGACAGCAACAGCUGAACUUUAUGCUCAUCCAUCAACAGUAUGAAAAUGUAUGCACUUACUAACUGUAAGUCGCUCUGGAUAAGAACGUCUGCUAAAUGACUAAAAUGUACAUGUAAAAUUAUAGAGUGAGGAAGACAUGGUCAGUGCUUCAGUCAUGUUUUAGCUAAUUGCUUUUCUUGCUAGUGUAGUAGCUAGCAGCUACAGUAUUUACUUUUUUGUUAUUUAUUCACUGCCACUGGUCUUCUCAGGUGUCCCAUGGACUCUGCACACUUGGCUGGAGUCUCUGCGCACCUGUUUCCUGCAGCACCGGCGUCCACUGAUCCAGGGUCUGCUAAAGGACUUCAGUUGCAUCCAAGAGGAGGAGUACACUGAGGAGCUCAUCACCCACGGACUGCCACUUAUGUUCCAGAUCCUCCACGCCAGCAAGGUGAUGUGAUUGUGUGUCCUCCCCAAUUUAAGGCCACCAUUGUCAUGUUCACUAGGGACCAAACAGAAGAAAACGGACUGAAACAGGGAAGGAGUACCUGGACUUUUCCAAUAGGAAACGCUCAUUUUCAUUUGUAGUUUCCAAAAUGUUUUUAAAACAUGUUCUGUUGUGAGCCCAUAUGACCAGGAAAAUUCCAGGUAGUUCUGUGCAGUCUCAGAGUUUUCCUGUAGGUCACGUGGCCAGGAAAAACUCAGGGCCCUACCUCCUUUCAUGGCACAUGUUUUUAUUAACAUUUCUUGUUUUUCUUACCAAUCACUUGCUUUUUACUGUACAUUGCCAGCUAGUGGUUUUAGUUUUUGUGCUGUUAAAAAUUAAUAUCUUGUCCUGAUGCAAGUCUGUGUCAAUCAUGUACUUUCUGACUUUUCUUAAUAUGCAUCUUGGUAUGAUGUACUUUUUUGAUAUAUUUUCUUCCCAUGUACAGUUGAAGUCGGAAGUUUACAUACACUUAGGUUGGAGUCAUUAAAACUAUUUUUUCAACCACUCCACAAAUUUCUUGUUAACAAACUAUAGUUUUGGCAAGUCGGUUAGGACAUCUACUUUGUGCAUUACACAAGUAAUUUUUCCAACAAUUGUUUACAGACAGAUUAUUUCACUUAUAAUUCACUGUAUCACAAUUCCAGUGGGUCAGAUGUUUACAUACACUAAGUUGACUGUGCCUUUAAACAGCUUGAAAAAUUCCAGAAAAUGAUGUCAUGGCUUUAGAAGCUUCUGAUAGGCUAAUUGACAUCAUUUGAGUCAAGUGGAGGUGUACCUGUGGAUGUAUUUCAAGGCCUACCUUCAAACUCAGUGCCUCUUUGCUUGAUAUCAUGGGAAAAUCAAAAGAAAUCAGCCAAGACCUCAGAAAAAAAAUGGUAGACCUCCACAAGUCUGGUUCAUCCUUGGGAGCAAUUUCCAAACGCCUGAAGGUACCACGUUCAUCUGUACAAACAAUAGUACGCAAGUAUAAACACCAUGGGACCACACAGCCGUCAUACCGCUCAGGAAAGAAACGCGUUCUGUCUCCUAGAGAUUAACGUACUUUGGUGCGACAACAUCAAAGGACCUUGAGAGGAUGCUGGAGGAAACAGGUACAAAUGUAUCUAUGUCCACAGUCCACAGUCCUAUAUCGACAUAACCUGAAAGGCCGCUCAGCAAGGAAGAAGCCACUGCUCCAAAACCGCCAUUAAAAAGCCAGACUACGGUUUGCAACUGCACAAAGAUUGUACUUUUUGGAGAAAUGUCCUCUGGUCUGAUGAAACAAAAAUAGAACUGUUUGGCCAUAAUGACCAUCGUUAUGUUUGGAGGAAAAAGGGGGUUGCUUGCAAGCCGAAGAACACCAUCCCAAACGUGAAGCACGGGGGUGGUAGCAUCAUGCUGUGGGGGUGCUUUGCUGCAGGAGGGACUGAUGCACUUCACAAAAUAGAUGGCAUCAUGAGGAAGGAAAAUGAUGUGGAUAUAUUGAAGCAACAUCUCAAGACAUCAGUCAGGAAGUUAAAGCUUGGUCGCAAAUGGGUCUUCCAAAUGGACAAUGACCCCAAGCAAAUUUCCAAAGUUGUAGCAAAAUGGUGUAAGGAUUACAAAGUCAAGGUAUUGGAGUGGCCAUCUCAAAGCCCCUGACCUCAAUCCUAUAGAAAAUGUGUGGGCAGAACUGAAAAAGUGUGUGCGAGCAAGGAGGCCUACAAACCUGACUCAGUUACACCAGCUCUGUCAGGAGGAAUGUGCCAAAAUUCACCCAACUUAUUGUGGGAAGCUUGUGGAAGGCUACCUGAAACGUUUGACCCAAGUUAAACAAUUUAAAGGCAAUGCUACCAAAUACUAAUUGAGUGUAUGUAAACUUCUGACCCACUGGGAAUGUCAUGAAAGAAAUAAAAAGCUGAAAUAAAUCAUUCUCUCUACUAUUAUUCUGACAUUUCACAUUCUUAACAUAAAGUGGUGAUCGUAACUGACCUACAACAGGGAAUUUUUACUAGGAUUAAAUGUCAGGAAUUGUGAAAAACUGAGUUUACAUGUAUUUGGCUAAGGUGUAUGUAAACUUCCGACUUCAACUGUAUUUAGCAGCUUUGAGUUUUAGUAAAAGCUCUUAAGCAAUAAAAUGUAUUAUUCAAUCUGUAUCAUUAUAUUCAUCCAUGAAUUGCAAAACAUUCACCUCUAUGGCCCUUGUGUAAUCCCUCUUCUUACAGCAAUAAGUAAAUGGCUUUUUCUCCAUACGUUUCCCAUUUCCAUUGAUGUCCUCUUAUCUCCUACUUUGCCUGGCCUGCAGAAUGAGGUGAUCAGCCAGCAGCUGUCUGUGAUUUUCACCCAGUGCUAUGGGCCCUUCCCUAUCCCCAAGCUCACUGAAAUCAAGAGGAAGCAGACCUCGCGACUCGGUGAGCAAGAAAUGUGUUGGUCCUUGGUUGAAUCAGUUUGCACCCAUGCCAUGCAUGUUCAGAGAGGCAGCAGAAGCAGCCGUUACUUGCCUCCCUCUUUGUGUUUGUGGUGCCUCUGAAAUGUACUUAAAUGUGAUGGGAUGGAGGAUAAAUUGCAAUAAUAACUUAUCUUCAUCAUCAACAGUGUAGUAUGAAAUGGAAGCUUGAAAACUAGAGAUUGAAAAGGAAUGUUCUGCUAUAUGUUAGCAGUUGAAGUUGUAUUUCACAACUUUGUGUGUGUGUCUCUAGCACCAUCUAGAGUGCAAAUGUGAGCGCAAAAAGAUUUUGAAUUAUUGAUGGGCUGGUGUUGAUGUGUUCUAAUUCCUAGCCCUUGAUCUAAUAUGUUCAGCGUUGUUAAUAGCUGUCAGCAUUUCACAAUUGCACUUAUGAAGGCCCUGGGGGUGUCAUAAAUAAAUGAAAGCUUGCUUUGACGAUGAAGAAUUAAGAUGCCUUUUGGAACAGUAAUGAGAUGGGCGGAAUUAUUCCAUUUGAUAACAGUUUGCUAAAUAGCUUCAUUAGGUUGCUACCAAAGCUGCAUGCUAUAGCUGAGUAGCUCAGUAGCUGAUAUUACCGUACCCUCUGUCAGAUUCAUAUGAAUACAGGAGGCUUCAAUCCAGUAAAGCUUUGUGGUCAUAGAGAUGCUUAGUCAGCAAUGCUUACGUUUAGAAUUCUCUCUACGGGAUAUUACAUGGGAUGCCAUUUAAGUAUCCAGCUAGCAUAUCUGUCCAGCCUAUGCCAUUUUGAGUCAUUUACAAAAGGUCACAUGCAGGUCAAAGUGGACAAGUAAUCAAGAUGGCUGAAUACACAAGUCAAGUUUAUUUCACAAUGUCUCUACAUUUUCUUUAUUAAACACAAACUAAGUGACAAUAGAGAUAAAUAUAACACAGUGUUAGAAGUGGAUAAAUAUAGUAAUUAUCAUUCACUUCUUUCAGACCCCCACUUCCUCAACAACAAGGAGAUGUCUGAUGUAACGUUCCUGGUGGAAGGAAAACCUUUCUAUGCACAUAAAGUCCUGUUAUUUACUGCUUCUGCCAGGUGAGCCACGGAAAGCUAAGAAAUUGAGUCAUUGAUAAAAAAUUACGCUUGAACAUGAUAAUCUGUGAAAUACUUGGAUGUUGGAAUUGAACAAUGAAACAUUUUAUAAAAAAAAUAGAGAAAAAGAAUGCUUGAACAAUUAGAAUGCCCCAAACUAUUUUUUCGAACAAAGAAAUGUCAGAGGUGGUUAUAAAUCAAUUAUUUUGUUUUCCCCCCCGUGCAUGUUAGGUUAUAUCUGUUCAUAAGAGUGACAAAGACAUGUCACAUGCAGUGAGGUAGUGGUGAACAAAAUUUGGUGGGUAAACGCUGAUCGCCAUUGGCAGUGAGUAAAGUAAAGUAUACUAUCAAUGCAUUUUUCUGCAAAAUAAAAGAAGGUGUUUACCCUCCACUACACCACUAGUCACAUGUCACUAAUGCAAACUACGACAUGCUCCUUUUGUUUUCUGACACCCUGUCUUCCCCACCUUUCUUUAAUUAUUUCAUCCAGGUUUAAAUCCCUGCUCCAAAACAGACCGGCAGCAGAGAACACCUGCAUUGAGAUCAGUCAUGUCAAGUACAACAUAUUCCAGGUAGUCUACUGUAUGUACUACUGUAACUAGGUUCCAGUAAAUGGGUUAAUAGUAAUGUGUUAAUAGUUCAACUGGGAUUUGUAAACUCCUGAGUGGCGCAGUGGUCUAAGGCUAACUGUGCCACUAGAGAUCCUGGUUCGAAUCCAGGCUCUGCUGUAGCCGGCCGCAACCGGGAGACCAAUGGGGCGGCGCACAAUUCGUCCAGGGUAGGGGAGGGAAUGGCCGGCAGGGAUGUAGCGUUGAUAGAGCAUGGCGUUUGCAAUGCCAGGGUUGUGGGUUCGAUUCCCACGGGGGGCCAGUAUAAAAAAAGAUAUAUGUAUUCACUAACUGUAAGUCGCUCUGGAUAAGAGCGUCUGCUAAAUGACUAAAAUGUAAAUGUAAAUUUGCACCACAACAAUAUAGUACCUUAAACCUCCAAAGGGGGGCAGUCAUGCUCAUUAUCGAGAGCGGAUUACUACCCUCUACUCAAGCACCCAAAACAUUUUUUUUUAAACUCCUGAGCUUUCUAGAUUUUUGACAUGCUAUAGUGUGACAUACUGUAUAUAAGUCAGUAAUCAUUAAAUAGUACUCUUUAAGUACUCUCUUGUUAUGGCAAAACAGGUACAGUAUACCCUACCCUACCAGUACCAGUAAUUCAUUUUGGCUGUUCCUAUUGUGUUGAGAGGGCUGAGUCAUAACAACAUUUUCCUGUUACAGUUGGUCAUGCAGUACCUGUAUUGUGGAGGCACUGAGUCCUUGCACAUCAGGAAUACUGAGAUUAUGGAGGUAAGAAUUAAAAUUUUUAAAAUAUAUUUUAUUUCAAUGACAAUGCAUCCAUACUUACAUACAAUAAUUCUCAAGCAAUUACAAUUUUCACUGGCAGAGCAGGUACGUUAAAUCAUACAUACUGUACAUACUGUGCCAUGAUUAUUAUCUAUGCGUGUAAAUUAUAAAAUUACAUUUUGUUUUGCAUGUAUUACCUCAAGAAAUGUGUUUUAUAAGCUCAUGUUUGCUUGGUGAAAAUACACUAUAUAUAUACAAAAGUAUGUGGACACCCCUUCAAAUUAGUGGAUUUGGCUAUUUCAGCCACACUCGUUGCUGACAGGUGUAUAAAAUUGAGCACACAGCCAUGCAAUCUCCAUUGACAAACAUUGGCAGUAGAAUGGCGUUACUGAAGAUCUCAGUGACUUUCAACGUGGCACCGUCAUAGGAUGCCCCGUGCUGAUAUUGUGAAGUGGAAAUGUCUAGGAGCAACAACGGAUCAGCCGCAUAGUAGUAGGCCACACAAGCUCACAGAACGGGACUGCUGAAGUGCGUAGCACAUAAAAAUAAUCUGUCCUCGGUUGCCAUACUACCUCUGGAAGCAACGUCAGCACAAGAACAGUUCUUCGGGAACUUCAUGAAAUGGGUUUCCAUGGACGAGCAGCCGCACACAAGCCUAAGAUCACCAUGCACAAUGCCAAGCAUCGGCUGGAGUGGUGUAUAUCUGGGUUUGCCUGAUGCAAGGAGAACGCUACCUGCCCCAAUGCAUAGUGCCAACUGUAAAGUUUGGUGGAGGAGGCCUUAGUUCCAGUGAAGGGAAAUACAAUGGCAUUCUAGACGAUUAUGCGCUUCCAACUUUGAGGCAACAGUUUGGGGAAGGUCCUUUCCUGUUUCAGCAUGGCUUUGCCCCUGUGCACAAAGCGAGGUCCAUACAGAAAUGGUUUGUCGAGAUUGGUGUGGAAGAAUGCCUGCACAGAGCCCUGACCUCAAACCCAUCAAACACCUUUGGGAUGAAUUGGAAUGCCGACUAGGAGCCAGGCUUAAUCGCCGAACAUCAGUGCCCGACCUUACUAAUGCUCUUGUGGCUGAAUGGAAGCAAGUCCCCGCAGCAAUGUCCCAACAUCUAGUGGAAAGCCUUCUCAGAAGAGUGGAAGCUGUUAUAGCAGCAAAUGGGGAACCAACUCCAUAUUAAUGCCAAUGAUUUUGGAAUGAGAUGUUCGACGAGCAGGUGUCCACAUACUUUUGGUCAUGUAGUGUAUGUCAAUCAAUCCAUCGUACGUCAGGCAUAAGCAGGAAGCCCUAAGACCUGUGCCAAAUUCAAAAUACUGAAGAAUGAAGGUUUAAAGAAGUACCUAAAGAGGCAUCGCCAAUGGCAUCCUCAUUUCAUUACCCAGAGAGUCCAACCUACUUCUCACUGUGUGUGUUUCUGUUCUCUUUUCCCUCUCUUCCACAGCUCCUGUCUGCAGCAAAAUUCUUUCAACUAGAGGCCCUUCAGCGACACUGUGAGAUCAUCUGCUCCAAGAACAUUGCCAUGGAAACCUGUGUGGACAUCUACAAACAUGUUAAGGUGAAAGGCAAUGGGAACAAGCCAAACGUGGUUCAAAAUGUUUUCUAAAAUGAGUUGAAAUUGAAAAAACAUUUAGUGUUCACAUGUGUAUUUGUUUGUUUUUAAACUGCACAGGACCAAGAAAAAAAAUCUAUACUGAAAUUGAGAUUUUUCACUUCAAAGUCAUAAAUGUCCAAAUGAAUGUGGUUGGAGGCAAGUGAUUCUUGUUUACUGGUAAUUGAUCUAACCUGUGAUAAGUUGCAGGUGCCUACAGGGUAAAAAUAGCCAUUGAACCAGUUUUGAAAAGAGAAAACAGAACAUUCUGCUCCAUUGCACAUUUUAAAAUGCAAGGGUGCCAAUGUAUUUGACCACAUUUGUAACACAUGAAGCUACACCCUUAGAAAAAAAGGUGCUAAGUAGAACCAUAAAGUGUUCUUCGGUUUGUCCCCUUAGGGUACCCUUUUUGGUGCAAGGUAGAACCCUUUGCAUAGGGUUCUAAAUAGAACCCUCUAUGAAGGGUUCUGCCUAGAACCCUUUUAUCCUCUAAGGUUUCUUCCUAGAACCCUCUAUGAAGGUUUCAACCAGCCUUAUUAGCCUUUAAAAUGUAACUCUUCAUAACAGUAUAUUACAUACUGUACAUCAUAAGGCCUUUCUUUGAGGUCCUAGUUAUAUAUUCUUACACAGUUGUGUUAGGAAACUCUAGGUCUACAGGCCACAUCAGGCCUUCAAGUCACAUUAUGCCGGUUGCAAAUUGGUGUGUAAUUCCAAUUGGAACUUUUCAUUACCCACAACCUGCAUUCAGAAUGACUGUCAGGGUAGGUACAAUACAUUCUUCUUCUUCUUCUUCUUCUUCUUUGGAAUUGGGUUAGUGGAUCGCAUCCAACUUUAAGGUGCAUACACCGCCACCUACUUUAUUGAAGUGUGAGGCCAGUCACAGCCUACCUACAUUCAAUUCUCUUAAUUAUUCCUGUUCCUAAAAGUAAAGAAUUGCACAAACAACUAACCCUACACCUAUGUACAACUUUUUUCAUAAAAAUAAAUAUCACCACCCCAUUCCACUACUUUGACCCUAACUGAUCUUACACCAGGCCAACGGCCUGGGAGGACUGGGACUCGUUCAACACACCACUCUUCUGCAGUAAAACCUUGUACAACCAAGUACUUCUCUGCAGCUGCCACCACAACAUCUAUUUUCAGUGAUUUACAUUCCAUUUCUGCAGUACAGUUGGUAACCAUGGCAAUGAAUGCUAAGAAGCCAACCUUACUGAAGCACACAUUCGUAUCACUCUGUAUUGUCCUAGGCCUACUACUCACCCUUGACCCAUCAUCCUCUACUCUCUUUACUGCCUCAGCAUAUGACACCUUCUGUUCUACUCUGACCCUGGCAAUCUCAACCUGUCUCUCUCACACCAGACACUUCUGAUCCCCAGCAACAUGGGCACCCCCACAAUUGACACACACAUUCCUUUGUCCCAUGCCCUCCUGCACACUUCUCACAUCUCGGAAACUCCCUCCUACACACUGCUGCAAUAAAGCUUGGCAUCUGACACACCUUAGUGGGUUCUGCACAAAAGCUCUCACGGGAUAACUUACAUAUCCUAACAUGACUUUAUCAGGUAAAGACUCUGCUUCAAAACUCAAAAGAAAAGUCAACGUCGUCUCAGUUUCACCACUGUCGCCACCAGGUCUUCGUCGCACCAAACGGCCGGCUUCACAGACACAGGGACAUUUCAAUUUCAGUAGAUCCACCUCAACGCCACCACAGUAAUCAUUCCUUUCAAAGGUGCCCUGCUCCAGAGAGCAAAGCAUGUCACAGAUCAUGUCCCUCGUCAAGUGACACAAAGGGCCUGCUUCCUCUGGAUGGAAGAAAUACAGCAAAUCAUCAAAAGUGGUACAAUGAAUUAACGGGAUGACCUAUAUCAUUUAAAUUGAAACAACCAUCUCAGUAACGGGUGCAAUAAGUCCAGCUACUAAAAGAUUGGAUUAGUUUAGAAAAAUGUAUGUUAUUUGUCUUUUGUGUAGCAUAAGAUUAAUCAACCAAUCAAUGUACAUGCAAAAACAUAGAUAUUGAAAAAAAACUAUUAUGAAAAUCACCCUGCAAUAGAGCAUGCUGGGAAAUAUGAGAAUGAUGGGCGUGGUUUUUUGUGUUUCACGCCAUACAGAGUAAAAACGACACUCAAACAGGUGUGCCUGGAACCUACUAGCAUACCCCGUUCAAAGGCACUUAAAUAUUUUGUCCUGCACAUUCACCCUCUGAAUGGCACAUAUACACAAUUCAUGUCUCAAGGCUUAAAAAACAUUCUUUAACCUUUCUCCUCCCCUUCAUCUACACUGAUUUGAAGUGGAUUUAACAAGUGACAUCACUAGUCUAUGUCAUGGAAAGAGAAGGUGUCCUUAAUGUUUUGUAUACUCCCAUAUAAGUUCAAUUUAAAACAUUCUCACAUCUAACUCAUCAGAUUAUUUUAAACUCCUGAAGUUCAAGUUUAAACACUGAGGUAAAUACUAAUGCUUACUACUUAAAGGAAAGAAAAACAUUAGCAAUAAAAAGCUUAUUCAGAUCCAGAAGAGCUCUAUAUAGAACCCUUCUUGCCUUCCAAUAAUCAUCAGAGGACCCUUUCUUCCAAAAACAGUUCUUAGGAUGAAAGAUGUUCUAGGUAGAAUUCUUUGCCUUACAAAGAAUCAUUUUCUUCCAAAAAGGAUUCUUCAGAUGAAAAUGGUUCUUGGUAGAACCCUAUCCCUCCGCAAAGAUUUUGAAACCCUUUUUUCUAAGAGUGUACAGUAAAAGAGGAUAUAACAUAAGUAUGCAAAGAUAACCAUGCAUGAUACAAUGUGUAUGUAUCAGACAUAAAAAAAAAAACCAUCAGUGACAGAGAGUGCAUUGUGACAGAGUGAGUUAAGGUUUUGACUGUAUCCUUAUGCCCUGUUUAGUUCCUCUGUGCCAGUGAGCUGGCGGCCUUUAUCGAAGGCUACUUCCUGAAGAACAUGGUGCUGCUGAUUGAGGUGGAGGCUUUCAAACAACUGCUGUACGAGAUGCCUGCUACAGUGAGCCCCGGACCCUGCCCCAGCCCCAUCUCCGACGUUCUCCAUGACCUGGAGAAAACUCUAGCCACCCGCAUCCACUCCAUCCACCUCUCCUCCGCAAAGGGCUCCAUCGUGUGA